AAAAAAAACAAAACUACACAGCUACACUGUGUGGUUUUGUUUUUUGGGGUUUCUUUGAGGCUAAACUGUUCUCACAUUGGAUUUUCUGUCAACAUUUCUGGAUAAGGAGAUUUCUGAUGAGAUAAAACUCCUGGGCUUCCCCCAAUCAAAUCCAGGCACUCUUGUGGAUACAAGGUGCCGUCCACAAUGUCAACACAGGCACCAACAUUUACACAGCCUCUGCAAAGCGGUGUGGCACUAGAGGGUAGUGCUGCAACGUUUGAGGCUCAAGUUAGUGGUAAUCCAGUUCCCGAGGUGAGCUGGUUCCGUGAUGGCCAGGUUCUUUCCGCUGCCGCUCUGCCCGGCGCACAGAUCUCGUUCAGCGAUGGCCGCGCUGUUCUGAUGAUCCCUGCUGUGACAGCCGCGCACAGUGGAAGAUUUUCUGUCAGAGCCACCAAUGGUGCUGGACAAGCCACUAGCACCGCUGAACUUCUUGUUACAGCGGAGACCGCGCAGCCCAACUUUAUUCAGAGACUUCAGAGUAUGACCGUGAGACAAGGAAGCCAAGUGAGACUGGAUGUUCGUGUUGCAGGAAUCCCUACACCUGUGGUAAAGUUCUACAGAGAGGGAGCUGAGAUACAGAGCUCUGCUGAUUUUCAGAUUGUUCAAGAAGGAGACCUUUACAGUUUGUUGAUUGCCGAAGCCUUCCCAGAGGAUUCUGGAACUUACUCUGUAAAUGCUUCAAACAGCAGUGGACGGGCUACCUCCACUGCUGAACUACUGGUUCAAGGGGGAGAAGCUCUGCCUGCCAAGAAGUCCAAAACUGUUGUGUCAGCCUCCUCUCAGACCAGAGUUGAGACAAGGAGUAUGGAGGCUAAUUUUGAUUCCUCAUCCAUGCAAAUGCGUGUUGAAGGUGGUAUAGUGAGCCACCAAGCACACAUGACCCCACCACGUGUGCCUCCAAAGCCAACCUCAGGCGGACGUCAUCAGUCACCAUCACCUGUGAGACGUGUCAAGGUGCCCACUCCGGCCCCUGUCAGGCCUGUAUCCCCCUCAUCAAGACUGUCUGUGUCCCCAAUCAGACCAGUUAAAUCCCCACUGACCACACGGAAAAAGGUAGCCCAUGGUCCUAAUGUCCCCCCACCAUGGAAGCAGGGAGACUUGGUGGAAGGUUCCAGCAGCUAUUCCAGCAGCAGGACUUCUAGUGCCACCCAUGCCCAGGCCUCCAUGUCUGCCACCCAUGCCCAGGCCUCCAUGUCUGCCACCCAUGCCCAGGCCUCCAUGUCUGCAACCCAUGCCCAGGCCUCCAUGUCUGCCACCCAUGCCCAGGCCUCCAUGUCUGCCACCCAUGCCCAGGCCUCCAUGUCUGCCACCCAUGCCCAGGCCUCCAUGUCUGCCACCCAUGUUCACAUGGAGCAGCACUGGGAGGGCUCUUAUGGAUCGCAAACGACUGGUGCCGCUGUAUCUGGUGUCGCUGUGAGAGAGAUACAAAGAAGUACAGAAACUACUAUCGCCCACGUGGAUGCUGCUCCUGCGCCAUCUCCAAUUCCACAUUUCACAGUUUCAAAAGUUAUGGUUCCUAAACCUGACCAUAGCUAUGAGAUUGUUGAGACUGCAGCAGUCCCAUCCCAUGCAGAAGAGCCAGUUGUGCCACCUACUCUUGUAGCUGGCUUGAAGAACGUGACUGUGACUGAGGGUGAAUCUGUGACUCUGGAAUGUCAGAUCACUGGUCACCCUGCCCCUGGCAUCAUGUGGUUCAGAGAGGACUACAGAAUUGAGAGCUCCAUUGACUUCCAGAUCACUUAUGAGAGUAAAUGUGCCCGUCUGGUCAUCCGCGAGGCCUUCGUAGAAGACAGCGGUCGCUUCACUUGCACUGCUACUAGCGAGGCUGGAACCAUCAGUACAUCCUGCUACCUGCUUGUCAAAGUAACUGAGGAGAUUGAGACCAGGGAAGAGAUGACACAAGAGAUGACACAGCAGGAAAUGAUGACACAGCAGAGAACUGUCACUAUGUUUGACUUUACAACUAAAGAGAAACACUUUGCUGUUGAAGCAAAAGAGGAGACCAUGUCAGAGGUGAAUGUCAUCACCACAGGAUCACCAGUAGAUACUGCAGAUGCUGUCGCUCCCUUCUUUGUCAAGAAGCCAACUGUACAGAAGUUGGUGGAGGGCGGAAGAGUUGUCUUUGAGUGCCAGAUCGGAGGCAGCCACAAGCCCAACAUUAUCUGGAAGAAGACUGGAGUGCCCCUUACUACAGGAUACAGAUAUAAAGUGCACUACAAUAAGGAGAGUGGAGUGUGUAAAUUGGAGAUCUCCAUGACGUUUGCUGAUGAUGCUGGAGAGUACUCCAUCGUAGCCAGGAACCAGCUUGGAGAAGAGUCUGCCUCAGCCAGUCUGCUAGACGAAGGGGAAUAUGAAGAAUACAUGAAGAAACAUGAAAUUACCUAUAAUACUGAAGUGACUACGGUGCAGGCGAAUGUUUCCCCUGUUGUUGUGAGCGAAUAUGACGACCAGAAGUACAUCCAGAGAAUGCCACAGAUGCAAAGCUUUGUUAGAACUCAGGAACUCCAGAUUUCUUCAUUUGAGGAGAGGAUUAUCCACGAGAUUGAGAUCCGCAUCCUGCAGAUUACAUACCAACAAAUUGUGACUGAGGAUCGGGAAGAGAUGGUGACUUGUGCAGACCGUGAGGCUGUACAGUCAGCCUUUGCCACUCCAGUUAAAAACUACAGCAUCAUGGAAGGAAUGGGGGUCACUUUCCACUGCAAAAUGGCAGGAACUCCACUACCCAAGAUCGUAUGGUACAAAGAUGGCAAGCGUAUCUAUCAUGGCGGCCGUUACCAGAUGGAGAGUCUUCAGGAUGGUAGAGCCAGCUUACGUCUUCCUGUGGUGCUGCCAGAAGAUGAAGGUGUUUACACAGCAUUUGCCAGCAACAUGAAGGGAAAUUCUGUGAGCUCUGGGAAACUGUAUGUGGAGCCCACUGCCAUUGCAGUAGCUCAGUGUUACACACCUGAACCUCAGGCAAUGCAGAGAAUGAGGUCUCAGUCCCCAAGAUCUCUGAGUCGUUCUCCCGGACGCUCUACAAGCCGCUCUCCCGGGCCUUCUCCCGGACGCUCUACAAGCCGCUCUCCUGCCCGCUCUCCUGCAAGUAGGCUUGAUGACACUGAUGAGAGUCAGCUUGAGAGACUGUACAAGCCUGUGUUUGUCUUGAAGCCACAGUCAUUCAAGUGUGCUGAAGGGCAGACUGCCAGAUUUGACCUGAAAGUAGUUGGUAGACCCAUGCCUGACACUUUCUGGUUCCACAAUGGACACCAAGUUGUCAAUGAUUACACCCACAAGAUAGUGGUGAAGGAAGAUGGAACUCAGUCACUGAUUGUGGUUCCAGCCAUGCCCCAUGACACUGGAGAGUGGACGGUAGUUGCUCAAAACAGAGCUGGGAAAAGCUCCGUGUCCAUAACACUUACAGUUGAUGCCAAAGAGAACCUGGUCAGACCCCAGUUUAUUGAGAAGCUGAAGAACGUCAGUGUCAAGAAAGGCACUCUGGUUGAGUUGGCGGUCAAAGCCAUCGGAAACCCCCUGCCUGACAUUGUUUGGCUGAAAAACAGUGACAUCAUCUCCCCACAGAAGCACCCAAAUAUUAAGAUUGAGGGCCUCAAGGGACAAGCCAAAUUCUAUAUCCCACAAUCUGUGAGUUCUGAUAGUGCCUGGUACACAGCCACAGCCAUUAACAAAGCUGGAAGAGAUACCACUCGCUGCAGGGUCAACAUUGAAGCGGAUGUUGCUGCACCUGCACCGGAGAGGAGACUCAUUAUCACCAAGGGAACCUACAAGGCCAAGGAAAUUGCAGCUCCAGAGUUGGAAUCUCUGCAUCUACGUUAUGGCCAAGAGCAAUGGGAGGAGGCUGACCUAUAUGACAAGGACAAGCAGCAGAAACCGCAGUUUAAGAAGAAGCUGACUUCCGUCAGGCUGAAGCAUUCUGGUGCUGUCCACUUUGAAUGCAGACUGACCCCUAUUGGUGAUCCCACUAUGGUUGUUGAGUGGUUACUUGAUGGCAAACCCCUUGCAGCUGCUAACAGAUUGCACAUGGUUAAUGAAUUUGGCUACUGUAGUCUUGACUUUGAAGUUGCCUAUGCCAGAGACAGUGGUGUUAUCACCUGCAGAGCCACUAACAAAUUUGGAGUUGACCAGACCUCAGCUACACUCAUUGUAAAGGAUGAGAAGAGCCUUGUUGUGGAGGGCAAGAGGGAAAUAUACAGAAUUGAUGAGAUGGAGCGCAUGGCUCACGAAGGAGGUCCUUCUGGAGUCACUGAAGAUGAGUAUUCAGAAAAGUCAAAGCCUGAAAUUGUCCUUCUUCCCGAGCCAGCAAGAGUGUUGGAAGGUGACAUUGCAAGAUUCCGUUGCAGAGUGAUUGGUUAUCCUACACCUAAGGUCAACUGGUACCUCAAUGAGCAGCUCAUUCGCAAGAGCAAGAGAAUGAGACUUCGCUAUGAUGGCAUUUACUAUCUUGAGAUUAUCGAUAUCAAGUUAUAUGAUGCAGGAUAUGUCAAAGUGGUAGCAGAGAACCCCGAGGGCACAGCUGAGCAUCUGGUGAAGAUAGAGAUCACACAGAAAGAGGACUUCAGAUCUAUUCUCCGUCGCAUUCCUGAACCAAAGGCACAUGACACUACUGAACAAGGAAGAAUUAGCUUUGAAGUUGUGAAGGUUGACAGACCUGCUGAUGCCCAGCCAAAGGAAGUUGUCAAACUGAGGAAGACUGAAAGAGUCAUUCAUGAGAAGUCCACAGAGGAGACAGAUGAGUUGAAGAGUAAAUUUAAGCGCAGGACAGAGGAAGGUUAUUAUGAAGCCAUCACUGCUGUGGAACUCAAGUCCAGAAGAAAGGAUGAGUCCUAUGAGGACAUGCUUAGGAAGAGGAAGGAAGAACUGCUUCACCAUCAGAAACUGUUGUCUGAGGCUAAAAACAAGAAAGACUUGGAGGAGGGAAAACUCACCAUCCCCACAAUCAAACCAGAGAAAGUACAGCUCUCUCCCAGCAUGGAAGCUCCAAAGAUCUUGGAGCGCAUUGCAAGCCAGACCGUGUCUCAGACCGAGGAAGUUCGCUUCAGAGUCAGAGUUGUUGGCAAACCGGAACCUGAGUGCCAGUGGUUCAAGAAUGGAAUCCUACUGGAGAAGACAGAUCGUAUUUACUGGUUCUGGCCUGAAGACCACGUAUGUGACUUAGUGGUCAGAGAUGUCACAUCAGAAGACUCUGCUAGCAUCAUGGUCAAAGCCAUAAACAUUGCUGGAGAGGCUUCAAGCCAGGCAUUCCUGCUGGUGCAAGUUAUUACCUUUGCUCAACAACUAGAGGAUGUGGAAGCUAAAGAGAAGGACACCAUGGUGACCUUUGAGUGUGAGACCAGUGAGCCUUUUGUCAAAGUCAAAUGGCUGAAGAACAAUGCAGAGAUUUUCUCUGGAGAUAAAUACAGGAUGCACUCAGACAGAAAGGUUCAUUUCCUCUCUGUACUGACCAUCAACAUGAAGGACGAUGCAGAAUACAGUUGUGCUGUUAUUGAAGAUGACCACAUCAGGACCACUGCCAGACUCAAUGUGGAAGGUGCUUCACUGUCAAUCGUGAAGAGGCUGGAGAACAUUGAAGUGCCUGAGACCUACACUGGGGAGUUUCAGGUAGAAUUGUCUCGAGAGGAUGCUGAAGGUACAUGGUACUUCAAUGACAAGGAAAUCACUCCCAGCAGCAAAUAUGUUACCUCCUCCUGUCGUGGACGCCAUACCUUGUCUGUCAAAGACAUCAAGAAAGAAGAUCAGGGAAAAUAUACAUUCAAAAUGUACGAUAUGCAGACCAGUGCCUCCCUGAAGAUGAAACUGCGCCCUGUGACACUGAUGCAACCCCUCACUGACCUGACAAUCUGCGAGGGUGACAUUGCUCAAUUAGAAGUGCGAUUCUCCCAGGAAAACGUUGAGGGAACAUGGAUGAAGAAUGGCCAAGCAAUCUCCGCUACAGAUCGCAUCCACAUCGUUAUCGACAAACUGGUCCACAAGCUGCUUGUUGAAAAUGUGAGCAGAGAUGAUGCUGCAACAUACUCAUUCUUUGUCCCAACUCAGGAUAUCGCAACCUCUGGGAAGUUGAACAUUCAAACGGUUGAAAUUUUGAGCCCACUCACGGAUGUUACCGCAGUUGAGGGCACCAAGGCUGUUAUUGAGACUCAAAUCUCUGCUGCUGAUGUUACCUCUGUGAAAUGGUUACACAAUGACAAGCUUGUGAUGCCCAGCGAGAGAAUCCAGAUGCUUGCAAAGGGAUCCAAACAGCACCUGGUAUUCCACAGGACCUUUGCCACUGAUGAAGGAACCUACAAGCUAUGUGUUGGCAAAGCUGACUCGAGCUGUAAACUGACUAUCGAAAAAAUUAAUAUUGUGAAGCAUAUGGAGGAUCAAGUUUGCACAGAGACCCAGAAUAUAACAUUUAAAGUCGAGGUUUCCCACCCUGGCAUUGCCGCUGUGUGGACAUUCAAGAAACAAGAACUCAAAGCUGGUCCAAAGCACAAGAUUGAGGCCAAGGGCAAGAACCACAGCCUGACUGUCAUUAACACCAUGAAGGAUGAAGACGGGCAAUACACAUUCGCUGCUGGUGAACAGACAUCCAGUGCAAAGCUUACUGUGUCAGGUGGUGCCAUAAACAGACCACUCCAGGACGUGACUGUGGCUGAGUCUCAGACAGCUGAGCUGGAGUGUGACGUGGCCAACCCAGCUGCUGAGGGCAAGUGGCUGAAGGAUGGACAACCUGUGGACUUCAGUGACAAUGUCAAACAUGUGAAAAAUGGAGCUGUCAGACGUCUUGUUAUUACCAUAACUAGACCCCAGGACAUCGGUGAAUACACUUACCAGGUUGCAAACUCCAAGACAACAGCCAUCCUGAGGGUUGAGUCUGUGAAAGUCAAGAAAACCCUGACGAACCAAACUGUCACUGAGACAAAGGAGGCAGAGUUCAGUCUCGAGCUCAGCCACAAGAAUGUGAAGGACUCACAAUGGAUUAAGAAUGGUGUAGAGAUCCAACCUAGUGAGAAAUAUGAAAUCACCGUUGAUGGCAUGGUCCACACCUUGAAGAUCAAGAACUGCGACACACGUGAUGAAUCAGUUUUUGGAUUCAAACUUGGAAAACUAUCUGCUAAUGCCAAAUUGAAUGUUGAGACAAUUAAGAUUGUUAAGAAGCCUAAAGAUGUGACAUCACUAUUGGAUGCCACUGCCUCUUUUGAGCUGAGCCUGUCUCAUGAUGACAUCCCUAUAAAAUGGAUGUUCAAUAACGUUGAGCUUAAACCAAGUGAAAACAUCAAAAUUCUGUCUGAGAGAAAAGCUCACAAGCUGAUCAUCCAGAAUGUGAAGACUAACAACCAUGGAGAGUACACUGCUGUAGUUGGAAACCUGCAAUGCAGUGCAUCUUUACAUGUUGAAGCUCUGCAUGUCACAAAACCCAUCAAGAACAUUGAAGUCCCAGAGACCCAGGUGGCCACUUUUGAAUGCGAAGUGUCACAUUUCAAUGUCCCAUCCACCUGGCUGAAGAAUGGAGUGGAGAUAGAAAUGAGUGACAAGUUCAGGAUUGUGGUGCAGGGCAAACUUCACCAGCUCAAGAUCAUGAACACUGGCAGUGAAGACUCUGCAGAAUACACCUUUGUCUGUGGAAAUGACAGAGUCUCUGCCACUUUGACUAUCAAUGCCAUUUUGAUCACCUCCAUGCUGGAAGACCUCAAUGCACAGGAGAAAGACACCAUCACAUUUGAAGUGAAUGUCAACUAUGAGGGCAUCACCUACAAGUGGCUCAAGAAUGGUGUUGAGAUUCGCUCCACUGACAGAUGCCAGAGCCGCACCAAACACCUAACUCACUCUCUCACCAUCCAAAAUGUUCAUUUUGGUGAUGGUGCAGAGUACAAGUUUGUGGCUGGUUCUGCUGCAUCAUCAGCAAAGCUUUAUGUUGAUGCUCGCAUUAUUGAAUUCACCAAACAUAUCAAAGAUAUCAAGAUCACAGAGAAGAAGAGGGCCACUUUUGAAUGUGAGAUCUCUGAGCCUAAUGUACAGGUGACGUGGAUGAAAGAUGGACAGGAACUGGACAUUUCCGAAAGAUACACUGUAUCCACUGAGGAAUUCCUGCACCGUCUAAUGAUCCAGUCCGUCUGCAUGUCUGAUGCCGGAGGGUACUCUGUAAUCGCUGGUGCAAGCAUGUCAAAGGCUCAUCUCACCGUGGAGGGCAAAGAUGUCUGCAUUACAGAACCUGCUGAGAAGAAAAUGACGGUUGUUGAGAAACAAAGAACAACGUUCGAGUUUGAAGUCAAUAAGGAUGACAUUGAAGGUCGCUGGCUGAGGAACGGCAUUGAGCUCCAGUGUGCCGUUGAGCAGAGGUUCAGCUAUAUAUGCAUUAGAAAGCUUCAUCGUCUGACCAUCACUGAGACCUGUAGAAGUGAUGCAGGAGAAUACACCUUCAUCGCUGGCAGGAACAAGAGGGUGGUGACACUUCAUGUCAAUAUCCCCGAGCCACCUCAGAUCAUUAACCACAUGCAGCCCCUGUCUGUGGAGUCCGGCAAACCUGCUCGCUUCUCUGUGGAAGUGACUGGCGUCCCCCAGCCCCAGGUGUUCUGGUACAAGAACUCCCAGGCUCUCUCCCCUGGUUUCAAGUGCAAGUUCCUGCGUGAUGGGAAUGAACACUGUCUGCUGCUCAUUGAAGUGUUCCCAGAGGACGCGGGGGUCUACAAUUGUGAGGUCAAGAAUGAAGGUGGUGUUGCCACCAGUUCAGCUGCACUGAAUGUCGAAGUCUCAGAAGUAGUUUCUCCUGAUAUUGGAGCUCCUCUGUCCCCACCUACCAUGGUCUCACCAAUCAGCAACACCUCAACCCCUGAGGGAGAGUCAGCCAGAUUCCAGUGCAAAGUUACUGGAGAAGCUCUGAAGAUAUCCUGGUUCUGUGGUGAGAAAGAAAUGAAGCAGUCAAACUUGUUUAAGAUGUCUACGUUUGAUAACACCUGCCAGCUGGAGAUCACCAGAGUGUACUCUGAGGUUGAGGGGGAAUACACCUGUGUUGCCAGAAACCCAGCAGGAAUGGUCACAUGCUCUGCACAUUUGAAACUUGAUGUAACCAAUAUGACGGAAGAGAUUGAAGCAACCAUUGAGCACGAAGUCAAAGAAUAUUCUAGCUCGACUGUGACAACAGUGGAAGAAGAACAAGAUUUCUACACUACUGACCUUAAGUUACCUCACAAAACAAAACGCUAUUCUAGUACUUCAGAGAAUAAAAAAGAAAAGCCUAUCUUUUUGACCCAACUCUCACCAGCAGCUGUCAAUGUUGGAGAGGCAGCUAGAUUUAUUGUCACAGUAUCUGGCCUUCCAAAGCCUACUGUUUUGUGGUUUUAUAACGGGAAAGUCAUUACUUCUUCAUCAGUUUACAAAUUGGUUCAUGAAAAAGAUAAGUACGCUUUAAUAAUAUCUGAGGUAAAAACAGAGUAUGAAGGUGAGUACUCUUGUACAGCUAACAAUAGAUUUGGCCAGACAACCUGUACUACUUACCUGGAGGUGAGAAAGAGAGCUUCAACUACAGCUGCGCAAUGGGUUGAAACAUUUUUCAAAGCCACUGGUCAACCACCUAAUUUCACUAGCCAAAUCAAACCUAUAAAAUGCCAAGAGGGAGGUGAGGCUUACUUUAAAUAUAAAGUAACUGGUGAACCAAUGCCAGAUGUGCAGUGGUUUAAAAGUGCUCAUCAAAUUCAGUGUGGUAAGUCUUGCAUUAUAGAGAACAACCCAGAUGUCUCUGGCUUCAUCAACAUGAAGGGCAUCCAACAUUAGGACAGUGGUCUCUACACAUGUAAGGCUUCCAACCCAUCUGGGGAGGCCUCUUGUAGUGCUGACCUAAUUGUGUUUAAAGAGUCUGUCUCUGUAUCUCAGUAUAAGGAACACAUGGUUGUUCAAAAAGAUUAUAAAGUAUCCAUGUCAGCUGAACAAGCUACAGAGUCCUGCUUGUACGAGGUCAAACUUCCUGGAGAGGCCAGGGCCAGCAUUCAGGCAGGACAUCAGAUGGUGUACACCAUUGGCACAGAGGACAGCCACGUUGUAAAAACCCUUAGAGAGUUGGAUGCCUCUUCUGAGGAGAAAACCACCUUGGCGAGUGUAAGCACAGAGAUAUCAGUGCCACCCGUUUUCAGGUACAAAAUCAUUCCCCUGGAGAUCAAUGUUGGCAGCGGAGCCAAGUUCGAAUGUGAAAUUGAAGAUGCACCAAAUGUGAACUUCAAAUGGUUCAAGUCUGGCACUUCGAUCACAGAGAGUUCCAAUUGCUGCAUCCUCAGUCGGCAACUGACAUCUUCAUUGGAGCUCCUGAGCCCAACCAAAGCUGACAGUGGUGAAUAUACCUGCAAGGCUACAAACCAGCAUGGCAGUGACACCUGUGCCGCCAAACUGACAGUAAUUGAUGAGAAAGAGAUCAAGACUGCUGAUAUUGUGAAGAGCUCAAAUUCGUCUUUCAAUUGUAAAGUCAUUGGCACAGGUCCGUUUGAGGACCUGUGGCACAAGGAUUUAAAUUAAAUUAAAUCCAGCACAAAGCACAGCCUCUCACAAGUACAGGACAUUCUGAAUCUUGAAAAACAGAAAUGUUAUGGUGUAGAUGUUGGUGAAUACCAGGGUACCGUCUCAAAUUAGGUUGGAAGUUGUUCUUGUAGAACUACUCUUCGUAUAAAAGAACCACCAUUUGUGAAGAAAGUCGAAAAUGUCACAACUGUUUUGGGAAAAUCGGCUGAAUUUCAGUGUGUUGUCACUGGGUAUCCAAAUCUGUCUGUGCAAUGGCAAAUAUCUGAGAACUGGAUCUUGGAAGACCCUAAAAUUGAAAGGAUCUUUGAAGAUAAUGUGGCAACUCUAAGGAUUCCGGUCUGUGAAGCCUAUCACAGCGGGAAAUAUACCUGCCAGGUGGCAAAUUAGGCUGGACAAAACAAGUGCUUUGAAACCCUCAUAGUGCAAGAACCACCUCAGAUUACAGAGAAACCAGAAGUGAUAAAAUUAACUAUUGAGGAUCCAGUCAGUUUAGAGUGCAAAGUGGCAGGCACUCCUGAGCUCAAAGUGAAGUGGACCAAAGACAGCAAAGAGUUCAAGUCAAAUCCACAAUACAAACUUAGCUUUGAGAACAACCUUAGUAGCCUUAAUAUGCAGACUACACAAAAGGAGGAUGCAGGUGACUAUCAAUUUGAGGUUUCAAACCACAUUGAGACAUGCAGUUGCAAAAUUAAGUUGAUUGUACUAGAACAAACUAUCCCUCCAAGCUUCACCAAACCUCUGAGUGAAAUACAGGAAAUAUUGGGAAUGCUUGUUCAAAUGAAUUGCAAAAUAUCUGGAUCUCUUCCUAUCAGUGUGGAAUGGCAGAAAGAUGGGAACAGAAUUGACGUUGGUGGAAAAUAUAAACUUGUUGGUCAAGACAUUUCUAUGUAUUUGGAAAUCGAACAGCUAGAGAGAGCUGAUGCCGGCACUUACUCUUGCAAACUGACAAAUAAAGCAGGAAGUGUUGAAUGCAGUGGGGCAGUGAAGGUGAAAGAGCCACCAAGCUUUGUUUUGUUGCCUGAGUCUCAUACAGCCCUUCCUAACUCCAACAUGCGAUUUAAGAGCACGUUUGAAGGAACACUUCCCUUCACAGUGAAAUGGUUUAAGGAUGACACUGAAUUGAUCACUGGACCAUCAUGUUUUAUUGGACUGGAAGGAAAAUCUUGCUUCCUAUAUCUUUACUCAGUUGGAGUUUUGCAGAGUGGAAUUUACUCUUGUCAAUUUAAAUUUAAAAAUGAUGCUGGCAUUAAAAGAUGUAGUGCUGCUUUAAUGGUGAAAGAACCUCCUGAAUUUGCGCUAAAAUUGCCAGUCACAAAGAUUGUGAAGAAGUGCGAGCCACUCCGUCUUGAAUGCAAAGUUAAGGGUUCCCCCUCUCUGCGAAUGCAGUGGUACAAAAAUGACACUAAGAUCACAGAUGGUGACAACUAUAGACAAUCAUUUGUUGACUCAAUGGCGGUCCUUGAGCUGCGCACCACAAGAUUUGAUGACAAUGGAGUCUACACUUGUGAAGCAACCAAUGACGCGGGAAGUAUAAGCUGCAGCACAACUCUUAGAGUCAAAGAUGCACCAUCUUUCCUCAAAGUACUUCGGCCAAUUGAAGGAAUGAAAGGAAAGGAUGCUAGCCUACACUGUGAGAUGUUUGGCACAGCACCCUUUGAGAUUACCUGGGCCAAAUACAAAACGCCAUUAAAGGAAAGUAGGAAAUAUAAGAUUGUGAAUGAGGAUACUGCUGCCACUCUUCAUAUCAUUGGAUUGGAAGCUUCAGAUUUUGGAGAAUAUAAGUGCAAGGCAUCAAACAGUAUAGGAUAUGAAACAUGCUGUACUACAGUUCAACUCAGAGAACCACCAACGUUUGUGGAGAAAUUGUUGAAUACGACAUGCACAUUGGGUGAAGAAGUCACCCGGAAAGCCACUGUCAAAGGCUCUCAGCCAAUGACUGCAUCUUGGUUACAGGAUAAGGAUCACAUUCUCAGAGAUGGUGACAUCCAGAAAAUUACAUUUGAAAACAACCAGCUCCCUCUUAAAGUAUUUAAAGCAGACUCACUGGCAAUGGGCAAAUACACGUGCCAACUCCGAAACGAUGCCGGAGUUGUGGAAUGUUUUUCUAACAUAACUGUAUUAGAACCCGCUAAAGUUGUGGAGAGACCAGAGUCUUUCAGCGUGACUGCAGGUGAUAUUGCAGCUCUAGAAGUCAAAGUGUCGGGGACACCAGAGCUGAAACCAAAGUGGUUUAAGAAUGGAGUCGAGCUCUCCUCUGGCCAGAAGUACAACAUCUCCUUCUCAAAGAUGAUCUCCAGCUUGAAAGUGUUGUCUGCAGAGAGGAUUGAUAUGGGAGAAUAUACAUUUGAGGUCAAAAAUGAGGUUGGCAGUGAUCUCACCAAAUUAAACCUCACUGUCCUAGAUAAAACCAUACCUCCAACAUUCACACAGAAACUGAAGGAAUCUCAUCUUAUUGUUGGAAAAGCUGGUGAAAUGGACUGCAAAGUCUCUGGUUCUGAACCUUUCACCAUUACUUGGUACCAUGAUGAAGAGGAGAUCAAAACUGGACCAAAUUAUGAGAUUUUAUUCAGUGACAACACCUGCACACUUAAAGUGCCCACUCUUAAGUGGUCUGACUCUGGAGUGUAUAAAUGCAAAGCCGUAAACAAGGCCGGAACCAAUGAGACCAGUUCCUCUUUCAUUGUGAAAGAACCUCCUUCUUUUGUGAUGCCACCUCAGCCACUGGAAGCAAUGCCUGGAACAAAUGUAACUUUCUCAGCAAUUGUCAAAGGAAGUGCCCCACUGAAACUGAAGUGGUUCAGAGGCACGAAGGAAAUUGUGUCUGGAAAAGGCUGUGAAAUUGCUCUCCGGGACAGUACAGCUACUCUGGAGCUAUCGAAAAUUGACAAAUUCCACGCCGGAGAGUAUACAUGCCAGAUUAUUAAUGAUGCUGGGAAGGAAAGUUGCCCAGUUAAUCUGUCUGUGAAAGAACCUGCUAGCUUUGUUAAGAAGCUGAACGACCACUCUGUUGAAAAGGGAAAAUCAUUGAUACUUGAGUGCACAUACACUGGAACCCCAAAGAUAUUCGUCACCUGGUAUAAGGACGGCCAACAGCUAUAUGCCUCUUAUAAGCACAACGUCACUACCACAGAGACCUCCUGCAUCUUGGAGUGUUUAAACAGUGACGAUAAGGAUGCAAGUGGGGAAUACGCUUGUGAAGUUUCCAAUGACGCCGGAAAAGAUACCUGCAAAGCACAAGUGUUCAUUUUAGAACCACCUUAUUUCAUUGAUCAUUUGGAGCCAAUGGAAGUUACUGCUGGUGAUGCAGUUUGUUUGAAAUGCCAUGUUGGAGGAACCCCUGACAUUAAUGUGGCUUGGUAUAAGGCCGACGGAAAAGUGAGGUCUUCCCCUGAUUGCAAAAUAGAGUAUUCCAAAGGCAUUGCUUGCUUGAAAUUGAGCAAAGCAGCCGAGGCUGAUAUUGGUGAAUACACAUGCAAAGCUGAAAACAGAAUAGGAUCAGCCUCAUCCAGCUGUCGUCUGUCUGUCCAAGAGGCAAAAACGCCACCAACCUUCCCCAAGAAAAUAACCAGCAUUCAACAGACUGAAGGAAUGGAAGUCAAAUUGGAGUGCCGUGUGUCAGGCUCCUCCCCCAUUGAGGUCUCUUGGCUUAAAGACAGUGAAACUGUGAAAUCCAACGACUAUACCAUGAGUUAUGAUGAUAACACGGCUGUCCUACAAAUAUCCAGAGGUGAAAUGAGACACUCUGGGGAAUACACUUGUGUUGCUACCAAUAGUGUUGGGACUGCAUCCUGCAGAGCCAAACUCACUCUUAAAGAGCCAAGAUAUCCCCCUGUCUUUGAUAAAAAGCUGUCACCCAUGGUGGACAUUUCAGUUGGUGAUAGUGUGGAAUUGGAAUGCCACAUGACUGGAUCUUUGCCAUUAAAAGUCACUUGGUCAAAAGAUCACAAAGAUAUUCGAUCAGGGGGAAAUUACAAGAUGGCCUGUGUGGAUAACACCCCACACCUCACUAUAUUGAAAGCAGAUAAAUCAGACUCUGGCCGCUACAUUUGCCAUGCCAUUAAUGACAUUGGAAAGGACUCUUGUUCCACUGAAAUUACUGUCAAAGAGCGUCAAAUCCCACCUUCAUUCACCAAAAAGCCCACAGAGACCCUAGAGGAAACGGAGGGCAAGAUGGUGAAGAUUGAGGCACGUUUGUCUGGAUCUCAGCCCAUGACCAUUAAUUGGUAUAAAGAUGACAGUGAGAUUCACAGCUCUGAUCACUAUGACAUGUCUUUCAAGAGCAAUGUGGCUGUGUUGUGUAUCAAGAGCUCCAAAGUCUCAGACUGUGGGAGGUAUACCGGCACAGCAACCAAUGAAGCAGGCACUGCCUCUUGCAAAUUGACAGUUACCAUAACUGAACACAAGGAGCCCCCUACAUUUGACCCCACUCUCAAACCUGUCACGCUGACCGAGGGAGAGAACCUGCACCUUAGCUGCCAUGUCCAUGGAUCACCUUCUAUGAAGAUUCAGUGGAUGAAGGACAGGAAAGACUUGAAAAACAAUUCCAGCAGUAAAAUAAGUUUUGCCGAUGGUGUUGCUUCUUUGGAGGUCAUGCGCGUAUCAAAGAAUGAUGCAGGGGACUAUCUCUGCAAGGCAACCAAUGAGGCUGGUAGUGAAUUCUGCAAGGCCAAAGUAACUAUCAAAGAGAAAUCCAAAGCAGCACCUGAACCCGCUGCAGAGGAACCAACUGCAGCACCAGUAAAGAAACUGGACAACGUGUUCUUCAUCGAGGAGCCCAAGCCUUGCCAUGUAGCCGAGAAGGGCACUGCAACUUUCAUUGCCAAAGUUGGAGGUGAUCCUAUUCCUAACGUGAAAUGGAUGAAGGGCAAGUGGAGACAGAUCACUCAUGGUGGUCGCAUCACUAUUGAGCAGAAGGGACCGGAGGCCAAGUUGGAGAUCAGAGAAAUAACAAGGUCUGACACCGGACAGUACAGAUGUGUCGCAACUAACAAAGCUGGAGAAAUAGAAUGCAACACCGACAUGCAUGUUGAGGAAAGGAAAGAGGAUGCUGGAGUUGAGGGAAACUUCAGAGCAAAACUGAAGAAGACUCCAUCUAAACAGAAGAGUCCUCAGGAAGAGAAAGACAUUGACAUUGUAGAGUUGCUCAGAAAUGUGGACCCUAAGGAGUAUGAGAAAUACGCCCGUAUGUAUGGAAUCACUGACUACCGUGGACUUCUUCAGGCCAUUGAGCAGCUGAAGAGGGAGAAAGUAGAAGAAAGUGGAAGAUCGGAACCGGAGAGAGAGAGAGAGUUGGAUGAGGAUUUGGUCGCUCUUGUGGCUGAUUUGCAAAAGAGAAUGGAAUGUACUAAGCCGGUCACCGUGAAUAAGGACAUAACAGAUCAGUCUACAGUUACCAACAAGGUCGCUACUUUUGAGUGUGACAUCAAGAUCAACUUCCCUGAGAUCACCCUGUCCUGGUACAAGGGAACUCAGAAGCUUCACAACAACGACAAAUAUGAAGUCAGCAUUGUCGGUGACCGUCACAUCUUGAAGAUCAAGCAGUGUCAAACCAAAGACCAGGGCAACUACCGUGUUGUAUGUGGCCCACAUAUCUCCAGCGCCAAACUGACUGUUAUCGAGCCUGAGGUUGAGAAACAUCUGGAGGAAGUUGCGGGACAGGAGGGGCAAACAUGCACUCUUUCCUGUCAGUUUUCUAUCCCUAAUGUCAAAACCCAAUGGUUUAAGAAUGGAAAGAUCUUAGAAAUUAAACACAGAUACUCGUACGAGGUGGUCAACAACAUUCAGAGGCUCUCGAUUAAAGAUCUCAGACCAGAAGACCAAGGACGUUAUACCUGCAAAUAUGAAAACCUCGAAUCCACAGCAGAUCUCUUGGUUGAAGAAAUUGAAUUAGCAAGGGUACCCCAUGAUGUCCCUGAUUCAUCAAUACGAGUCCCUGAUAUGCCAUCUUCAGUCACUCUCAAAGCCCCGAGAGAACCUGUUGAGGAGGUGUCUGUCCAGAGUAAGAAGGUUGGAAUGAGGGAGGAAAUGCCACAAAAAGUUUCUGAAGAUCACAAGAAACCAGAGGAGAAGGCUAAACCAGCUGAGGCAGCAGAACCACAUAAAGUUCCUGAAGCCAAAAAGCCAGUGGAGGAGAAGAUAGCUGCAAACGUUGUCCCAGAGAAACACCCCUCUCCAAAAGAAGAACAUGAAGAAGCAAAGAAGCCUGCCCAUAAGCCAGCUGAGAAACCUGAACAGGUUCCACUAAAGAAAGAUGUGCCUCAUGCUGCACCCCAUGUUGCUGAACCAAAACCAGAGCCUGAAGUUUCACCUGCGACUAAGGUUGAACCUGAACCGAACCGUGUGCCUAUAAAGAAACCAGAGAGUCCACCAACCAAAGUUCCUGAGGAGGCUUCAAAGCCAGAACCAGGAAAGCCGACAGCAGCUAAAAGGCCAGAGACAGCCUCUACGCGUGAUCCAAAGGACCCGGAGCCUACUGCUGCUGCUGCAAAGAAGGUCCCAUCACCACAAGUGCCAGAAGAACUAAAAAGGCAGGAGUUAACUCUGCAGCAACCAGCUACCAUCCUUCAAAAAGUGGACAGAGAGGACAUAGAGCCUCAAAUACACUCUGUGCCAGAACAAGUUCACGUGGAGGAAAGAAAACCAGAAUCCCCAAAGUCUGUCAGAAAGCCUGAAUCACUUAUUGUGCCUCCAAAGGAGAAUACACCGCAAAAAGUGAUCGAGCCCAAACAGAAACCUGUACCUGUUGAGAAGGUACCUGAGAAAGUACCUACUGAAAAGGUACCUGUUGAGAAGGUACCCGAGAAAAUACCUACUGAAAAGGUACCUGUUGAGAAGGUACCUGAGAAAAUACCUACUGAAAAGGUACCUGUUGAGAAUGUACCUGAGAAAGUACCUAAUGAAAAGGUACCUGUUGAGAAGGUACAUGAGAAAGUACCUACUGAAAAGGUACCUGUUGAGAAGGUAACUGAAAAAGUACCUACUGAAAAGGUACCUGUUGAGAAGGUACCUGAGAACAUACCUACUGAAAAGAUACCUGUUGAGAAGAUACCUGAGAAAAAACCUACUGAAAAGGUACCUGUUGAGAAGAUACCUGAGAAAAAACCUACUGAAAAGGUACCUGUUGAGAAGAUACCUGAGAAAAACCUACUGAAAAGGUACCUGUUGAGAAGAUACCUGAGAAAAUACCUACUGAAAAGGUACCUGUUGAGAAGGUACCUGAGAAAAUACCUACUGAAAAGGUACCUGUUGAGAAGGUACAUGAGAAAAUACCUACUGAAAAGGUACCUGUUGAGAAGAUACCUGAGAAAAUACCUACUGAAAAGGUACCUGUUGAGAAGAUACCUGAGAAAAUACCUACUGAAAAGGUACCUGUUGAGAAGGUACCUGAGAAAAUACCUACUGAAAAGGUACCUGUUGAGAAGGUACCUGAGAAAAUACCUACUGAAAAGGUACCUGUUGAGAAGGUACCUGAGAAAAAACCUACUGAAAAGGUACCUGUUGAGAAGGUACCUGAGAAAAACCUACUAAAAGGUACCUGUUGAGAAGGUACCUGAGAAAAUACCUACUGAAAAGGUACCUGUUGAGAAGGUACCUGAGAAAAUACCUACUGAAAAGGUACCUGUUGAGAAGGUACCUGAGAAAAAACCUACUGAAAAGGUACCUGUUACUAAACCUAAAAAGGAGAUGAAAGAAGAAAAGAAAGUUCCAACUUCAGAAAUAGAAGUUAUGCUACAAAGAAAAGGAAGAGAACCAGCAAUGAAGAAGGAAUCACCUCCACAGACUGUUGAACCACUUACAAAGAAAGCGUCUCAGCUAGAGAAGACUGUUGUUGCUGAAGGGGUGAAAGAAUCUGAACCAUUUGCAAAGAAAGUGGCUAAACCAGAGUCUAAACCAGAAAUCAAGCUAGAGUCCAAGCCAGAGAUGAGGGUUAUUGCUGAAAAGCCUGCUGAGACACUUGUAAAGAAAGUGUCAAUGCCAGAGUCUAAGCCAGAGCCUAAGCCAGAGGCUAAAACAGAGCCUAAACCUAAACCAGAGGUUAAACCAGAUCCUAUGCCAGAGUCUAAACCAGAGGUUAGGCUAGAGGUUAAGCCAGAGAAGAAGGCUGUUAUUGAAGUAGGGGUGAUAAAUGUACCACAGUCCACUGAGCCACAAGUGUUAAAGCCAGAGCCUAAGCCUAAACUAAAGGCUAAGCCAGACCCUAAGCCAGAGCCUAAAGCAGAGGUUAAGCAAGAGCCUAAGCCUAAACCAGAGGCUAAAUCAGAGUAUAAGAUAGAUGCUAGGCAAAAGCUUACACCAGAGAGGAAGUCUGUUACUGUAAGGGUGAAAGAAUCACCUCUAAAGCCUGCUGAGACACUUGUAAAGAAAGUGACUACGCCAGAGAAGACAGUUAUUGCUGAUGUGGUGGAUGAAUCACCCCCGGGGCCUGUUGAGCCACUUGCAAAGAAAGUAGCCAAACCAGAGUCUAAGCCAGAGACCAAGACAAAGAAGAUGGCUAUAGGUGAAGAGGUGUCUCUGUCAAUUAAAGAAGAUGUUUCUCCUCAAAAAGUACCAGCAAACAAGAAGGAAACACUCCCACAACCCACUGAGCCGCUUGUGAAGAAAGUGCCUAAGCUAGAGUCUAAACCAGAAAAAAUGAAUGCUGAGAAGGUGAAAGAAUCACCUCUUAAGCCGUCUGAGCCAAUUCCUAAAAAAGUGCCUAAGCCAGAGACAAUGGUUAUUGCUGAGCUGGAAUCACCACCUAAGCCUACUAAGGCACUUGUAAAGAAAGUGGCUGAGCCAGAGACUAAGCCAGAGAAGAGAGCUAUUCUUGAAGAAGAUGUUGUUCCCAAAAAAGUUCUAGCAAAGGAGAUGGAAUCAGCUCCAAAGCCUGCUGAGCCUCUUGCAAAGAAGGUUCCUAAGCCAGAGAAAACAGCUAUUGCUGAAGAGGUGAAGGAGUCACCUUCAAAGCCUGCUGAGAUACUUCUUAAGAAAUUGUCUUCGCCAGAGUCUAAACCUGAACCUAAGUCUGAGCCUAAGCCAGAGAAGAAGGCUGUUGCUGAGCCUCCAAAGCCAACAGAGCCACUUCUAAAGAAAAUGUCUAAGCCAGAGUCUAAACCUGAGAAGAAGGCUGUUGCUGAAGUGGUGUCUCUUUCAAGUGAAGAUGAUGUUGCUCCCCAGAAAGUACCAGAAAAGGAGAAGGAAACAUUUCCAAAUCCCACUGAGCAACUUGCAAAGAAAGUCAGCCCUCUUGAAGCACCUCGAGAGAAAAAGGCUACAGAGGAGACCAAGCCUGUCAUCCAAGAGCAAGAACAAGACCAUUUAAAGCCAGGUGAAGGCAAGCAGGCACCAGGACCAGCUAAGAAAGAUGGAAAGCCAGCAGAAGAAGCAGGUGCAGGUAGAGGUGCAGGCAGAGGCAGAGGCCUCAAAGCAGGCAAAACUCCAUCCCCUGGUGAAGGCAGGGGUAGAGGACUGAAACCCGGUGGUGGGGGAGGAGACAAACCCCCAGAUGCUAAUCCUUUUGGAUUCCAGCUCAAAGCAGUUCCCCUGAAGUUUACGAAACCACUCAAAGACAUAGUGUUACAAGAAGGUGAUGCUGUUGGUGCAUCUGCUACGUUUGAGUGUGAAGUUUCACCUUCUACUGCUGUAACUACAUGGAUGAAAGAUGGCAGCAACCUAAGAGAGAGUCCAAAACACAAAUUCACCUCUGAUGGCAAAGAUCGCAGACUGGCCAUUAUUGACGUCCAACUGGUGGACACUGGUGAAUAUACUUGUGUUGCCAAGCUGGGCAACAAGGAAAAGACAACAACCGCCAAACUCAUUGUUGAAGAACUGCCCGUGAAGUGGGUGAAAGAGCUGGGUGAGGAGACGUCGGUCCUGAAGGGGCAGCCUAUGUACCUGACCUGUGAGUUGAACAAGGAGAGAGAAGUGACCUGGAUGAAGAGUGGUAAGAUCCUCAAGGUCAUCGCUGGAAAGGUGGCCAUCAACGUCAUUGGAAUGCAACAAGCCGUUACGAUCCAGAACAUGGGAGAUGACGACGCUGGAAUCUACGCAUGCGAGUGUGAACUCAUCAGGACUAAAACAACUGUCAAAAUCAUUGAAAUUGUCAGAGACUGGUUGGUGAAACCAUUGAAAGAUCAGCAUGUGAAACCCAAGGCCAAUGCCACUUUCAAAUGCGAGCUCUUCAAAGAAACCCCCAACUGGAAGUGGUUCAAAGGCAACAAUGAGAUUACAAAUGAUCCAACUGACAAGACUGAGGUCAAGAAAGAAGGCAAAGUCCUGACUCUCACAAUAAAGAAUGCACAGCCCGAAGAUAUUGCAGAAUAUGCUAUGGAGGUUGAAGGCCACAGAUACACAGCUAACCUGACUCUUGGAGAACGUGAAGCUGAGAUCUUGAAGCCUCUCUCAAGUUGCGAGGUGGUCGAGAAAGAGGAUGUUACAUUUGAAACGGAGAUAUCUGAAGACGAUGUGCCUGGAGAAUGGAAACAUAAAGGGCAGGUCUUAACAGGAUCACCGACAUGUGAGAUCAAAAUGGAGGGCAAUAAACGUUUCCUCACUCUGAAAAGUGUUCCACUGGACGCGUCUGGUGAAGUGUCUUAUACAGCUCUGAAUGCUGUCACUAGUGCUGUGCUCACAGUCAAGGUAAUGGAAAUGGACUUCACAGUCCCCUUAAAGGACGUGUCUGUACCUGAAAAGAAACAGGCUAUGUUUGAAUGUACUAUCACAAGGGAUGUGCCUGAAGUCAUGUGGUUGAAGGGGUCAGACACUAUUGGUACAUCAGACAAAAAAUAUGAAAUAAUCAAUGAUGGAAUAAAACAUAUGUUGGUCAUAAACAUCGGUGAGUUUGAUGAUGAGGGAAAUUACAGUAUAGAAGCCGUGGGUAAGAAUUCAACCUCUACACUCACUGUGGAGGUACAUCCCAACAUCACACCUGCUGGACAGGACAUUGAAAUGAUAGAGGACGGUGCAAAGCACACAUGAAUAUUAUACAACCUCAAGGCCCCCUUGUCAGGGGAGAUUCUAUUUACAGCUGCUAAUGCUAAAUGUGUUGCUAAUCUGAAAGUGAAAGAGAGUCCAAUUACAUUUGUCACACCUUCGAGUGAUGUACAAGUGUAUGAAAAAUAUGAGGUCAGAUUUGAGUGUGAAGUGUCCAGAGUGCCUACGGGCUUCCGUUGGCUCAAGGGAUCUCAUGAGUUGACAGCUUAUGAUAAGUUUGAUAUUACCCAUGAGGGAAGAUAUACUCUGGUGGUCAAAUCUGCCGCAUAUGAGGAUGAAGCUGAGUACAUAUUUGAGGCAGAGGACAAGAGAAACUCUUUCGCCACUGGCGAACUAGUUAUCCAAUGAAUUCACCUUGAGUUUGUGAAGCCCAUUAAAGAUGUCACGGUCAAGGAGCGCUAGGCAGCAGAGUUCAGUAUUGAGGCUAGACAGCAGAGUUCAGUAUCACAUGACAACAUCCAGGUCACCUGGUACAAGAACAAUGUGCGUUUGCAUCCCAGCCAAGUUGUGCACAUGUCAGACGAUGGCAAGAUGCACAAAUUGACCUUCAGGGUGUCCAUUGAUGACACAUCCAUGAUCAAAGUAGAAGCCUUGGGCAAGAGCUCUGAGGCCAUGCUCACUGUUCUUGAGGGAAAGCCUUACUUCACGACAAAACUGCACGACUGCUCAGUCACUGAGAAAGAUGAACUGACGAUGAUUUGUGAACUGAGCAAGCCCAAUGCAGAGGUGAAAUGGUUCAAAGGUGACCAGCAAAUCACUUCCUCCAAGAACGUGGUCAUCAAAGCCGAUGGAAAGAGGCGUAUGCUGAUCAUUAAGAAGACAGAGAAAGCCGACAUGGGAGAAUACAGCUGUGAUUGUGAUGCGGACAGAACCACGGCCAAGCUCAACAUUGAAGAUCGUGACAUUAAGUUUGUCAGGCCCCUGUACAGCGUGGAAGUGACAGAAACUGAAAUCGCCAAGUUUGAGACUGAGAUCUCUGCCGAUGAUGUCCAUGGUUACUGGAAACUCAAUGGAGAGGCCCUUCAUCAGUCGCCUGACUGUGAGAUUAAGGAGGAGGGUACAAGGCAUAUCCUUAUCCUGUACAACGUUCGCAAGGAUCAGGCCGGAGAAGUUGACUUCCAAGCUGUCAAUGCUAAAUCCAAUGCUCAGCUUAGAGUUAAAGCGCGGGUGAUCGGCCUGCUGCGGCCUCUCAAGGAUGUUACUGUUACUGCUGGGGAGACCGCCACUUUCGACUGUGAACUGUCAUAUGAAGGAAUUGCUGUGGAAUGGUUCUUAGGGGGUACAAAGUUGGAGCCAAGUGACAGAGUGGUCACCCGAGCAGAAGACAAAACUCACACGCUGACUCUCAGAGAUGUCAAGAUUUCAGAAGAUGGAGAAAUGAAACUCACUGCAAAGGAUUUCCAGAUUGAGGCCAGACUACAUGUGAAUGAACCACCAGUUGAGUUCACCAAACCUCUGGAGGACCAGACAGUUGAGGAAGAGGCCACUGCUACAUUGGAGUGUGAAGUCUCCAGGGAAAACGCUGAGGUCAGUUGGUUCCAGGACGGACAGGAGAUCCUCAAAACAAAGAAAUAUGACCUUGUUGCCGAUGGCCGCGUGAGAAAACUCAUCAUUCAUGGCUGCACUCUUGAUGAUUCAAAAACAUUUACCUGCGACGCCUCAGAAUUCAAAACCUCUUGCUUCCUUAACGUUGAACCUCCACAUGUUGAGUUCUCUAAGCCACUCCAUGAUGUUGAGGUCAAAGAAAAGGAAUCUGCCAGAUUUGAAUGCGAAGUAUCGCGCGAAAAUGCCAAGGUCCGUUGGUUGAAGGACAGCAGUGAAAUCAGAAAGGGAAAGAAAUAUGAAAUAAUUGCCAAAGGUCGCCAACACAUCCUCAUCAUCCACAAAUCAGUGUUCGAUGAUGAAGCAGAAUAUGAAUGUGAUGCGAAGGUCUCCAAAUCCUCCGGCAUGCUUACAGUCGUCGAGGAAGAAGCUACGUUCACCAGGAACCUGUCUAAUGUGGAGGGAACAGAAGCAGACAGUGUGAAGAUGAUUUGUGAAGUGUCGAAGGCAGACGCUGAUGUCAUGUGGUAUAAGGAAGACCAGGAACUUCCCGAGGGAGGAAGAUACGAUCAGAUCGUAGACGGCAGGAAGAGGAUACUUAUCAUCCAGGAUCUCAAAACAGAUGAUGCUGGAGAGUACUAUUGCAAACUGUCCAGCUCAAAGACAACUGGAAACCUGAAAAUAAAUGAAUUGGCUGCUGAGUUUAUCGCCAUGCCUCAGAGUCAGGAGGUGUUUGAGGGAGAAAAGGCUGAGUUUGUCUGCUCAGUCUCUAAAGACACAUUCAUUGUCAAAUGGAUGAAGGGUGAUAAGGAGCUAGAAAAGGGGGACAAGUAUGACAUUGUCUGUGAUGGCAAGAGAAGAAUACUUGUUAUCAAGAACUCUGAACCCAAGGAUGAGGGAGCCUAUGUUGCCUUCAUUGGCACCACCAGAGCUACAGCUGAUCUGUUUGUUCUUGAAAAGCUCAGGAUCAAUACACCAAUCAAAGACACAGAAGCCAAAGAGGGACAAGAGAUCAUCUUCAACUGUGAGGUGAACACUGAGGGAGCUAAAGCUAAGUGGCUGAAGAACGAGGAGACCAUGUUUGAGAGCAGCAAGUUUGUCAUGAUCCAGAAAGACAACGUGUUCUCUCUGAGGAUCAAGGAUGCUGAUAAGUCAGAUGAAGGAAACUAUACUAUUACAUUGACAAACCAACGUGGUGAACAUGCCAAGAGCUCUGGCAAACUUACAGUAAAAGAGGAGAGUCUGAAGAUCAUUGUACCUCUUGAGGACUGCGACACACAGGAGAAGAAGACUGUUAGCUUUUCUUGCAAGGUCAACAGGCAGAAGGUUACUCUGAAAUGGACAAAGGCUGGUCAGGAGAUCACCUUCAGCAAACGCAUAAUCUACAGGUUGGACCAAUAUAAGCACACACUGACCAUCAAGGACUGUACUCUUGCUGAUGAAGGUGAAUACACCGCCAUGGCUGGUGAUGACAAGUCUACAGCUGAGCUGAUCAUUAGUGAAGCCCCCACUGACUUCUCCGCACAACUCAAAGACCAGACCAUCCCCGAGUUUGAGAAUGCUGAGUUCACCUGCAAACUCACCAAGGAGAAGGCUGAGGUGAAGUGGUACAGGAAUGGACGUGAGAUCAGAGAGGGACCCAGGUACGUCUUUGAAAAAGAGGGCAAGACCUGCAGGCUGCGUAUCAAGGAGUGCAGACCAGAUGAUGAGUGUGAAUAUUCCUGUGGCGUAGAUGAAAAGAGAUCACACGCCCAUCUCUUCGUUGAAGAGAGUGCAGUUGAGAUCGUCAGACCACCAAAGGAUGUGUUUGAGCCUCCAGGCUCAGAUGUUGUAUAUGAAGUUGAACUGAACAAAGACAGAGUUGAGGUAAAAUGGUUGAGGAACAACAUGACCAUCGUCCAGGGUGACAAGUACCAGAUGAUGAGCGAGGGCAAGGUCCACAGACUCCAGGUGUGUGAGAUCAGGCCUCGGGACCAAGGAGAGUACAGAAUCAUCGCCAAAGACAAGGAUGCCAGAGCCAAAUUGGAACUGGCUGCUAAGCCAAAUAUCAAGACUAUGGAUCAGAGCUUAGUAACAGAUGCUGGAAAGCCCAUCGUCAUGUUCGUGCCCUACAGCGCGUAUCCUAAAGCUGAAGCUGAGUGGUUCUAUGAUAACGUCAGCCUGCCCAAGGACAACAUCCACACUGUUGGAGACAGGACAGAGUACAGGCUGAAGGACCCUAAGAAGUCCGACCAAGGACGCUACAAUGUUGUCAUCAAGAACAAACAUGGACAGGGAGAGGCAUUCAUUAAUCUGGAUGUCAUUGAUGUCCCUGGACCUGUUAAGAGUCUUCAAGUGCUUGACACCGCCGAUGGUGAGGUCAGCCUGGCCUGGGAAGAGCCAGAGAGCGACGGUGGCAGCAAGAUCAUUACAUACGUGGUGGAGAGGCGUGACGUCAAGCGCAAGACAUGGACUCUUGCUACUGACCGCUCUGAUGCUCCAGAAUACACUGUGACCGGACUCCAGAGGGAAUCCAUGUACCUAUUCCGUGUUUCUGCUCGCAACAGAGUGGGCAGUGGACCAAAUGUUGAGACAGAGAAACCUGGUGUUUAUGCCAAGAACAAGUUUGAUGUUCCUGAUACUCCUCAGGAUGUGAGUGUUGGAAACGUGAGUAAGUUUGGAGCCACAGUCUCCUGGGAAAAACCAGUGUCUGAUGGAGGGGCUGAGAUCACAUCCUACAUAAUUGAGUCCCGUGACAGGACCUCUGUGAAGUGGGCCGUGGCUAUGAUCAGUAAAGCAACAGACCGCAGUGCAAUCAUCAACGACGUCAUUGAGAACAAGGAAUACAUCUUCCGUGUCAAGGCUGAAAACAAGGCUGGCAUUGGAAAGCCAAGCGCUGCCACCAAUCCAGUGAAGAUCAUGGACCCCAUUGAGAGGCCAAGCCCACCACAGAACCUGGUGCCCUCAGAACAGAAUAAGAACUCAGUCCAGCUGACAUGGGAGACCCCAUUGAAAAAUGGAGGCAGCAUGAUCACUGGCUACAUCAUUGAGAGAUGUGAGGACGAAACAAACCAUUGGCUCAGAUGCAACGCCAGGCUCUGCCAGGAUCUCACCUACAAGAUAUCUGGCCUUAAAUAUGGCAAGAAAUACAACUACAGAGUGAUGUCUGAGAAUGCAGCUGGAGUGUCUGACCCAUCCAACACACUGGGACCCAUGCUGGCUGAUGAUACACAUGUUGGCCCCACAAUGGACCUGAGUGGAUUCAAGGAUGGCCUGGAGGUCAUUGUUCCCCAUCCCCUUACUAUCCGUGUCCCUAUCUCUGGAUAUCCCACACCACACGCAAAGUGGAGCUUCGCUGAUAAGGAGCUCACUGCUGGUGAACGUGUUUACAUGAUUACAAAGAGUACCUACGUGGAACUGACCGUCACUCCAAGUGUGCGUCCAGACAGAGGUGUAUACGCUCUGACCCUGGAGAAUGAUAUUACCAGUUGCUCAGGAGAGAUUGAAGUCAAUGUUAUCGCAUCCCCAAGUGCACCCAAAGACUUUAAGGUUGCCGAGGUGACCAGACAGCAUGUGCACCUGAUGUGGGAGGCACCAGAGCAUGAUGGAGGAAGCCCUCUGACUGGGUACCAGAUUGAGAAACGUGACGUAUCCCGCAAGACCUGGGUCAAGGUGAUCACUGGUGUUCAAGACCAGGAGUUCACUGUCACUGAUGUUGUUGAGGGCAAAGAAUAUCUGUUCAGGGUUACUGCCUGCAACAAGUGUGGCCCAGGAGAGCCUGCCUACAUCGACGAGCCAGUCAAUGUGUCCUCCCCUGCCACUGUGCCAGACUCACCUGAGAACCUGAAAUGGAGGGACAAGACAGCAUCUGGCAUCUUUCUGACCUGGGAACCACCCAAGUGGGACGGCGGCACCGGAAUCAGGGGCUACAACAUAGAAAGAUGCCGGCGUGGGACAGACAACUGGGAAUCCUGCGGAGAUCAGGUCCCUGAGUUGAAAUUGCAAGUGACUGGUCUGAUUGAGGGACAGUGGUAUGCCUACCGCGUGAAGGCCUUGAACAGACUGGGUGCCAGCAAACCCUGCAAGGCUACAGAUGAGAUAUUGGCUGUUGAUCCUAAAGACCCCCCAGAGAUUCUUCUGGAUGUCAAGUGUCUUGCUGGACUGACCGUCAAAGCUGGAUCUAAGAUCGAGCUUCCAGCUGAUGUUCUUGGAAAGCCCGUACCUAAAGUGAAAUGGACCAAGGGUGAUGUGGUCCUGAAGGGAGACGAUAGGGUCUCUAUUGACGACAAGCCUGGUCACUCCGUCGUUACGAUCAGCAAGACAACGAGAGAGGAUACAGCAACCUACAUCAUUGAAGCCCACAACAGCUGUGGUCGUGCUACUGCAACCAUUGACGUCAACAUUCUAGAUAAGCCUGGUCCUCCAGCUGCGUUUGAUAUCUCUGAGAUCACCAACAAGUCCUGUUUCCUGGCCUGGAACCCUCCCAGAGAUGAUGGAGGUGCAAAGGUCACCAACUACAUAGUGGAGAGUAGAGCCGCAGACAGCGAGAUCUGGCACAAGCUCUCCUCCACUGUCAAAGAGACUAACUACAAGGCCCUCAACCUUACGGCCUUCAAGGAGUACAUCUUCAGAGUGUUCGCUGAGAACCAGUUUGGUAUUGGUGUGCCAGCGGAACAUAUGCCAAUUAUUGCCAGAUACGCCUUCGAUUCUCCCGGUGCACCAACCAAGCUGGAGCCUUCUGAUAUUGUUAAAGAUGGCCUGACUCUGAAUUGGUAUGAGCCUGAAGAGGAUGGUGGUAGUCCUAUCACUGGAUACUGGGUUGAGAGGUUUGAACCAGAUCAGAACAGAUGGAUCAGAUGCAACAAGAUCCCAAUCAUAGACACCACAUACAGAGUCAAAGGACUACCCACAAGGAAGAAGUAUAAGUUCAGAGUCAUGGCUGAGAAUCUCGCCGGACCUGGAAAAUCAAGCAAGGAAACUGACCAGAUAUUGGUCAAGGAUCCUAUUGAUCCUCCAUGGGCUCCUGGUAAGCCAACCGUAAAAGACGUGGCAAAGACCUCUGCCUUCCUGCAGUGGACCAAGCCUGAGCAUGAUGGUGGCGCCAAGAUCGAGGGCUACAUCAUUGAACUCCUGAAGAGUGGAACUGAGCAAUGGGUCCGUGUUUCAGAGGGAAUCAAUAUCCUGGAGCACUCCCUGAGAGGCCUGAUGGACAGACAGGAGUACUCCUUCAGGAUCCUUGCUGUCAACAUCGCUGGGGAGAGUGAGUCCAGCGAUCCUAGCGAUCCAGUUCUGUGCAAGGAGAGACUCAAUCCUCCUACACCCCCACGCUGGAUGAAUGUCAUCACCAUCACCAGGAACAGUGCUGAGCUGAAGUGGACAGUACCAGAGAAGGAUGGUGGUUCACCCAUCACCAACUACAUUGUUGAGAAGAGGGAUGUCAGGCGUAAGGGCUGGCAGACAGUGGACACCACUGUGAAGGAGCUGAAGUACACUGUCACUCCACUUAACGAGGGCUCUCUCUAUGUGUUCCGUGUGGCUGCUGAGAACGCUGUUGGACCCAGUGAAUUCUGUGAACUGGAAGACUCCAUUAUGGCUAAAGAUACUUAUACUACCCCUGGACCACCAUAUAAUCUCUCUGUCAAUGGUGUGUCAAAGAGACAUGUUGACCUUCAAUGGGAUGCCCCCAAGAAUGAUGGUGGCAGACCAGUUCUGAGAUACUCCAUUGAGAAGAAGGAGAAACUUGGUACCCGCUGGGUAAAGUGUGGAAAGACCUCAGGUGAUGACUGCAAGUACAGAGUGACAGACGUCAUUGAAGGAACCGAGGUUCAGUUCCAGGUCCGCGCUGAGAAUGAGGCCGGUGCUGGACAUCCUAGUGAAUCAACAGAAAUCAUUGCUAUUGAAGAUCCAACAGGUGUACCCUCUCCUCCAAUUGAGCUUCAUAUCACUGAAGCCAGCAGAGACCAUUUGUGUGUUGCUUGGAGACCACCAGAGAGAACUGGUGGCAGUGCUGUAACUGGCUACCAUAUUGAGCUGUGUGAGGCUGGUACUGAGAAGUGGAUGAGAAUCAACUCUCGCCCAAUCAAGGAGCUCAAAUACAAAACAGAGGAAGGCAUCACCCCAGAGAAACAAUAUGUCCUGAGAGUCCGUGCCAUCAACUCUGUUGGAGUUAGUGAGCCAUCUGAUAUCUCUGAGAAGGUCUAUGCCAAGGACCCUGACUGCAUCCCAACCCUUGAGUUUCAAACAAAGGACAUUGUGAUUGUUGAGGGAGAGAAGUGGCAUCUCCCCAUCCCAUUCAGAGCAGUACCCAAGCCCAAGAUAACCUGGCACAAAGACGGAAAGGAGCUGAAGGAUGAUGAGAGAAUGAGCUUCAGACAGGAGUACCUCUCCUGUCACCUGGAGAUCGAGAGCUGUCUGCAUUCAGACUCUGGCCAGUACAAGGUCACCCUGGAAAACUCCCUCGGAUCUAGCAGCGGAACAAUUAAUGUUAAAGUUGUUGGCCUGCCCGGUCCCUGCAAAGACAUUGUUGCCAGUGAAAUCACCAAGAGCUCUUGCAAGGUUUCCUGGGAUCCUCCCAACUAUGAUGGUGGUAGCCCUGUUCUCCACUAUGUGCUACAGCGCAGAGAGGCAGGCCGGAGGACCUACGUCAACAUGAUGUCUGGAGAGAACAAGGUCAGCUGGCCUGUCAAGGAUCUGAUCCCCAAUGGAGAGUACUACUUCCAGGUCAAAGCUGUCAACAAGAUUGGUGGCGGGGAGUAUCUUGAGCUCCGCAACCCUGUGAUUGCAGAGGAUCAGAAGCAGAGCCCUGACCCUCCAUUGGAUGUUGAGACCCACAACCCUACUUCCAAGACUAUCACCCUCACAUGGAAACCUCCUAUGUAUGACGGGGGCUGCAAGAUUAUGGGCUACGUUCUGGAGAUGAUGAUGAAGGGUGAUGAGAACUUCACAAGAUGCAACGACUUCCUUGUGCCUGUGCUGUCCUACACAGUGAGGAAUCUCAGGGAGGGAAAACAAUACCAGUUCCGUGUACGAGCUGAGAACGCUGCCGGAGUCAGCGACCCAUCACGCAGCACACCAAUGGUGAAGGCUUCUGAUGCUGUCGAAACACCCAAGGUGUUCCUCAGUGGAAGCCUGCAGUCCGGUAUGAGCAUCAAGAGAGGUGCUCAGAUCAGACUGGGCGCCAACAUCUCUGGAUCCCCAUACCCUCAAAUCACAUGGUACAGGAACGACAUCGUCAUUAGACCAGAAGCCAUGAAGAAGAGACCAGAAAAACCCAUUGUUAAAAAGAAGAAGGAGGAAAAGAAGGAAGUGAAGGAAGGAGAAAAGAAGGAAGGAGAAGUAAAGGAGGGUGAAAAGAAGCAGGUGAAAGAUGAAGAAAAGAAGGAAGUCAAGGAGGGAGAGGUUGAGGUCCCAGCUACUGAGGCCCCAGCUGCAGAGCCUGCCCCUGAGGAGCCUGAGGAGGAGGAACUCCCUGACUACCCAACCCUCCAGGAACGUCUCACCAUCCACGACAAGAAGAGGGGAGAAUCCUCUUGCAUUGUCAGGGACACCAUCAGGGGUGACCACGGAGUGUACACUAUCAAGGUUGAGAACGACCAUGGUAUUGCCUCUGCAACUUGUGAAGUCAAUGUGCUAGAUGCGCCUGGACCUGCAAUCAACUUCCGGUUUGAGGAGAUCAGGAAGACCUCUGUCAUCUGCAAGUGGGAUCCUCCCAUGGAUGAUGGUGGCAGUGAUAUCCUGAACUACACCUUGGAAAAAAAGGACAACUCCAAGGUGGAGAUCGGAUGGAUCACCGUAACCUCAACACUCAGGGGAUGUAGAUACCCCGUGACCAAACUGAUAGAGAAGAAGGAGUACAUCUUCCGGGUCACUGCUGAGAACAAGUUUGGUCCUGGACCACCAUGCAUUUCUAAGCCACUUAUUGCCAAGAAUCCAUUCGACCCACCAGAGGGUCCUGGGAAGCCUGAGAUUGAUGGCAUCACAGCCAACUCCAUGCUGGUUAGCUGGGAGGAGCCAAAUGACAUGGGCAGCCCCAUUCUGGGUUACUGGGUAGAGCGACGUGAGAUCAACAGCACCCACUGGACCAGAGUCAACCGGGUUAUUUUGGAGGAUACGGAACUUAACGUGGAAGGCCUACUGGAAGGUCUGACAUACAUCUUCAGGGUGGCUGCUGAGAACCAAGCUGGGCCUGGGAAGUUCAGCAUCCCGUCUGAUCCUAUGACAUGCCAGGAUCCAAUCUUGCCACCUGGGCCACCGUUCCCAAGAAUCACUGAUACCACUGAGUCUUCCAUCGACGUGGAAUGGGAUCCUCCUGCCUCCAACGGAGGUGGAGACAUCCUGGGAUACCAUGUUGACAAAACCGUAGCAGGCACCAAAGACUGGUCCCGCUCCACAGAGAGACCCUGGAAGACCCGGGUCUUCACUGUGUAUGGAGUCAGAGAGGGAGCCAAGUACCUGGUCCGUGUGAUCGCAGUCAAUGGAGCCGGUGAAGGAACUCCUGGCUUGACUGAAUCAGUCUUUGUCAGAGAUCCUAAAGAGGCUCCAGUGGUAGAGCUGGAUCUCACUGUGAGGAAUGGCGUAAUGAUCAGAGCUGGGGAGCCACUGAUACUGCCUGCCCUGGUCACUGGUAGACCUCCUCCAGACAUCAAAUGGACCAAAGAUGACGGUCCACCGGACAAAAACCACGUCGAGAUAGAAAAUGUUGGAAAGGAAAGCAUUCUCAGUAUCAAGGCUGCCACAAGAAAGGAUCCUGGCAAAUACCAGAUCAGUGCCAGGAACAACAGUGGAAUCAAGUCUACAUGGACAAGGGUUGAAGUCAUGGAUGUUCCCGGGCCUGUGCUGGACCUGAAGCCUGUGGUGGUAACCAGGAAGCUGAUGAUUCUGAACUGGUCCGAUCCUGAUGACGAUGGCGGCAGUGAUCUGACCGGCUUCAUCAUUGAGAGAAGGGAUCCCAAGAUGCACACAUGGAGACAGCCCAUAGAGACACCCUCAUCUAAGUGUGAGAUUGUGGGUAUUGUUGAAGGGCAGGAGUACAUCUUCCGGGUCGUAGCGAAGAACAAGUUUGGCUGUGGCCCUCCCGUUGAUUUGGGCCCUAUUGCUGCAGUGGAUCCCAAAGCUCCACCAACUUCACCUGAGAGAUUCCACUACACUGAAAGGACAAAGACUUCCAUCAGCCUUGCCUGGAGGCCUCCCCGCAAUGAAGGAGGCAGUCCAAUCUUGGGCUACUUUGUCGAGAAGAAGAAGCACGAUGCCCCAGCAUUUGAGCCUUGUAACACAGAGAUGUGCAAGGACCUCUUCAUGACCGUCGAGAACCUCGAGGAGCUGUUUAUGUAUGAGUUCCGUGUCAAGGCUGUCAAUUUAAUUGGAUCAAGUGAACCUGGAAUUCCACUCACCAUUGUCAUUCAAGAUGAUGAACUUCCUCCUACUGUGAGGAUGUUAAAGACCUUCAAGGGAGAUGCCAUCACUGUCAAGAAGGGAGAGCCUAUUGAAAUCCCUGCUGAGAUGACUGGUCUUCCAAUGCCCAAGGUUGAAUGGUUGAAGGAUGAGGUGAUUAUUGUAGAGCCCACUGAGACUCUGUUGAUGGACACCAAGGAAAUCAACAGAAUGCAGUGCAAUACCAAGCUCAGUAUCCCUGCAGCAGCAAGACUGGACAAAGGCAUCUUUACAGUGAUCGCCUCCAACCGUCUUGGGUCGACUAGUCACACCAUCAAGGUUAAGGUGUUAGACCGUCCUCUGCCACCUAGGAAUGUGAAUAUUGGUAACAUCAAGGCUGAGUCCUGCCAUCUAACCUGGGACGCACCAGAGGACGAUGGAGGAAGUGAGCUCACUAACUACAUUGUUGAGAAGCUGGACAUUCUUCCUGAGGAGGAACCUGAAGAAGAAUAUGAGGAUUCUGAGGAUGAGGAGCCUAAACCUAAGCCUGAGCCUAGACCCGUUCCUGUAUGGACGGUGAUCACCAACAGCAUCAUUGAGAAACGAUUCGGGGUUUGGAAUCUGGAAACAGGUAGCCAGUGCCAGUUCAGAGUGAGAGCAGAGAACAGGUAUGGACAGAGUGACGCCUGCGAGACAGAGGCCACCGUCAUCAAGGAUCUGUACGGACUCCCUGGUACUCCAGAGAAACCACAGAUCGCAGAGCACACCAGGUCCUCCAUGCUUGUGACAUGGGACCCUCCACGAGACAACGGUGGAUCUACUAUCUCUGGCUACUGGCUAGAGAAGAGGGAGAAAGGUUCGUCUUAUUGGGCUCGGGUUAACAAGGCCCCGGUGACGAAGCGUGCUCCUAAGCGCUGGGAGUUCCAGGUCGUUCGUAUGAUCGAGGGGUCUGCGUAUGAGUUCCGUGUCAUGGCUGUCAAUAUUGCCGGUAUUGGACCCCCCAGUGGACCUUCCGAUCCUGCAUACGCAGUGGACCCUCUUAUGAAACCCGGCAUGCCAGCACCACCAGAGGUCGCAGACAAAACCAAGCACAGUGUCAGCCUCACAUGGUCUCCACCUGAGAAAGACGGGGGAAGCCCCAUCAAGGGUUACAUCGUUGAGAUCCAGGAUGAAGCCUCUUCUGUUUGGAACAGAAUCACUGAUCUAGAGACUCUGCAUGAGACCACUGAGAUCACUGUCCCAAGUCUCAAAGAGCUGAAACACUACAAAUUCAGAGUCACAGCCGUCAAUGACAUCGGCGAGUCUGACCCAAGUCCCAAGACAGAAGUCCUAAUUGAGGACAUACAUGUGGAGCCGAAGAUCCUUAUCGAUUGUGUUGUGGAAGAUUUGCUGUGCGUCCGGGCUGGUCAUUCCUUCAGAAUCCCUGCCAUUAUCAAAGGGCGGCCCGUUCCUAAGGUGACCUGGGAAUUCACUGGACCAGCAAAGACCCACAAGAAGAAUCGCCUUCAUGUCCUUCCAGUUGACUCAGAGCUUGACUCUACUGAUACUACCACAACCAUCACUGUGCCUGUGUGCUUGAGGACCCACUCUGGACGAUACACCGUCACAGCCAAGAACAAGGCGGGACAGAAACAUGUCAACGUCAGAGUCAAUGUUCUCGACGUGCCUGGUGCUCCUAGAGGGCUCAAAGUAACCGACAUCACCAGAGCUACUAUGAGGCUGAUCUGGAAACUGCCUGCUAACGACGGUGGCGAGAGGAUCAAGAGUUACUUCAUUGAGAAGAAGAAUGUGACAGGAAAGGCCUGGACCAUAGUAAACCAGUGCUGUUUCAGCCAGGCCUACGUUGUGGAGGGACUGCUGGAGGGACAGGAGUAUGUGUUCCGUGUGCGGGCAGAGAACCGUCUGGGAAUGGGACCUUUAACUGAGACCACUGAGCCUGCUAGGGCAAGAGACCCCAUCUACAUACCUGAUCCCCCAACCCACGUCAAGAUCAAUCUGGUCACCAAGGAUACAGUGACCCUGACAUGGGUGCCACCUAAGAACAACGGUGGUUCUCCUGUGAAGCACUACAUCAUAGAGCGCUUGAGUUGGGACACCAGCGGCCCGGAGAAGGAGACAUGGAAGCAGUGUAACAAGCGCAACGUUGAGGAAACCAUUUUCAUCAUUGAAGAUCUGAAAAAUGGAGGAGAGUAUGAGUUCCGUGUCAAGGCUGUGAACGAGGCUGGCCCAAGCAGAUCGUCGGCCACCGCUGGACCAAUCAUCAUCAAGGACCAGACAUGUGCUCCUACCAUUGAACUGAAGGAAAAGAUGGAAGGGGAAGAGGGACUAGACGUCCAUAUUGUGGCUAGGAUCCAUGGCUGUCCAUUCCCCUCCCUCGUAUGGCAGAAGGCUCCCAUUGCCAAGCCUGAAGACAAGGCUGUAGUGCAAUAUGAUCAGCAUGUCAACAAACGGAUAGUUGAUAACAAAUGUACCCUGCUGAUCCAGCAGUCCAAGAGAGACGACAGCUCCCUUUACUCUAUCACUGCUAGCAACAGUCUGGGAAAAGCUUCUAAGGACAUCAAACUCACUGUCCUAGGACGACCUGGCGUACCAGUCGGGCCGAUUGAAUUCAAAGAGGUGUUUGCCGAGAGGAUAACACUUGCAUGGAAACCACCUAGAGAUGACGGUGGCUCCAAGGUGACAAACUAUGUCAUUGAGAAGCGUGAGGAAAACAGAAAGUCAUGGGUGCACGUUUCCAAUGAUCCCAAAGAAGGCCUGUAUACAGUUCAGAGGCUGACUGAGGGCCAUGAGUAUGAGUUCCGUGUCAUGGCUCAGAACAAAUAUGGAGUUGGCCCACCGCUGUACAGCGAACAUGAGAAAGCAAGGAAUCUCUUCACUGUCCCUGGCCAAGUUGAGAAGCCCUUAGUGGAAGACGUGACUCUUGAGUCUAUGGUGAUCGUCUGGGGUGAGCCAAAAUACGAUGGUGGAUCUCCAGUUAGUGGUUACUGGCUGGAGCGUAAAGAGACCACGGCUAAGCGCUGGAUCAAAGUGAACCGCGCCCCUAUCAGGGUCAUGCCCCUGGGUCAGGAAUAUGAGAUCACUGGUCUGCAGGAGGGAGCAAUCUACCAGUUCCGUGUGACCACAAUCAACGCAGCUGGAAUGGGACUUCCCAGUGUCCCAUCGGAUCCUGUCCUUUCAAGAGACCCUAUUACUCUCCCCGGUACCCCAACUCCCAAAGUAACAGACUGGACCAAGUCAACAGUGGAUCUGGAGUGGAUUCCACCUUUGAUUGAUGGUGGAUCUAAGGUCACUGGUUACUUUGUUGAAUACAUAGAAGAGGGAAAAGAAGCAGAAAUAGAAAAGCAGAAGGCAGAGGAAGCAGACAAAGUAGGAGUAGUAAAACAGAAAAAAGUGAAGAAAAUCAUAUUUGAUGAAGACGGAAAUGAAAUAUCAGAAUCAGAAGAAGAAGAAGAGGUAGUAGGGAUAAAAGACGGAUGGGAAAAGGCUAAAGACAAGGAGAUUAGAGGCACUAAGUUUGUUGUGUCUGGACUGAAAGAGCUGGGAAGGUACAAGUUCAGAGUGAGGGCAGUGAAUGCUGCUGGCGUCGGUGAGCCCGGUCAAGUGGCCGAAGUUAUUGAAUGCAAGGACAGAACAAUUGCCCCUGAAGUGGACUUGGAUGCCUCAGUGAAGGAGAAGAUUGUAGUCCAUGCCGGUGGUACCAUCCGCCUCCUGGCCCACGUGUCAGGCAAGCCGGCACCAGAGAUCACAUGGAGCAGAGAUGACCAGCCUCUACCAGCAGAGGCUAAGGUUGAAACCACUUCAAUCAGCUCUGCUCUGGUUAUCAAAAACUGCAGACGCCAUCACCAGGGUAUAUACACCCUGAGUGCAAAGAAUGAAGGAGGGGAAAGGAAGAAGGCUGUCAUUGUGGAGGUGUUGGAUGUUCCCGGCCCAGUUGGUCAGCCGUUCUCUGGUGUGAACCUCACCAUUGACUCUUGCAAGUUGAACUGGUACUCCCCUGAAGACGACGGUGGCUCAGCCAUCACCAACUACAUAAUUGAGAAGAGAGAGUCUGACCGCAUGGGCUGGACAGCAGUCUCUUACACGGUCACCAGGCAUAAUGCUGUGGUCCAGGGUCUCAUCGACGGAAAAGGAUAUUUCUUUAGAAUCGCAGCUGAGAAUAUCAUCGGAAUGGGUCCAUUUAUUGAAUCAGAACGACCAGUUCUCAUCAAAGAUCCUAUUUCUGUUCCUGAGCGUCCUGAGGAUCUAGAAAUCACAGCCAUCACCAAAGACUCCAUCAGUUUGGCCUGGAGACCACCUAAGUACGAUGGUGGUUCUGAGGUUACAUGUUAUGUGCUUGAAGCUCGUCUGAUUGGAAAGGAUAACUUCACUAAGAUCGAUACUGAUGACACGCUGAUGGAUAGGAAGUUCACAAAGGGAGGUCUCAAAGAGAAUUCCACCUAUGAAUUCCGUGUCAUUGCUGUCAACGUGAUUGGUCAGGGAAAGCACUCUUUCUGCACCAAGCCAAUCCAGGUCAAGGAAGAACUUGAGCCCCCAACGAUCGACUUGGACUUCCGUGACAGACUAGUUGUGCGUGUGGGAGACGUGUGCACCCUCCAAGGCCGCUUCACUGGGAAGCCAGCACCUACAAUAGCAUGGACAAAGAACGAGGAAGAGCUGAAAGCAGAUGAGGAGGUCACAAUGACCAACACUAGUAAAACACUGUGCUUGGCUAUGCCCAAGGCUAAACGAGAACACAGCGGCAGAUACCAGGUGGUGGUGGAGAACAUUGUUGGCUUACGUAAAGGAAUUUGCAGUCUCAGUGUUGUUGAUCGCCCCCAGCCUCCAGAGGGCCCAGUGGUCUUCAAUGAGGUCUACAGGAACUACAUGGUGAUUUCUUGGAACCCUCCUCUGGAUGAUGGUGGAUGUGCCAUCUCCAACUACACCAUUGAGAAGAGAGACACAAACAGAGACCUCUGGAUGCCGGUGACAACAGCUUGCACCAGGACAACAUGCAAAGUACCUAAGCUGAUUGAGGGCAGAGAGUACAUCAUCAGAAUCUGUGCUGUGAACAUCCACGGCAUCAGCAACCCACUGCUGUCUGCCGAGACAAAGGCUAAGGAUGUCUUCAAGGUGCCAAAUGCACCCAAACAGCCCAUUGUGCAGGAGAUCUAUAAGGAUCAAGCCCUUCUGACUUGGGAACCACCUGCUGAUGGUGGGAAGCCCAUCACUGGCUAUGUCAUUGAGAGGAAGGAGACCAUGACUAAUAGAUGGACUCGCGCAUCCGGAAAAGACCGCAUCUUCCCCAAAGUGGAGUACUUUGUUCCAGACCUCCUCGAGGGCUGUGAAUAUGAGUUCCGUGUCAUGGCUGAGAACGUUGUGGGUCUCGGUGACCCCAGCCCUCCAUCAAAGCCCAUAUUUGCCAAAGAUCCAAUUGUGCUUCCAAGCUCCCCCGUGCUGCCAGAAGCUGUAGAUUGGACAAAAGAGUCUGUCUCACUGUCUUGGCAGCCACCAAAGGACUGUGGCAGGGGCAAGAUCUUCGGCUAUCUCGUUGAGUUCACUAAAGCUGGAGAGGAGUGGCAGAAGGUGAAUCAGACUCCUGAUUCCUGCCAAGAAACCAAGUUCAAGGUCAUUAACCUGGAAGAGGGAGAAUAUUACAGAUUCAGAGUAACUGCUGUGAACUUUGCUGGUGAAUCUGAACCUGCAUACACCACAGAUCCAGUGAAGGCAGAAGACAGACUUGAACAUCCUGAAUUGGAUGUUGAACUGGGUAUGCCUCGUGAGUUGAAAGCCAUGGCCGGAACCCAUAUCAAUCUAAUUGCUGGAAUCAAGGGAAUUCCAUUCCCCAAAGUCACAUGGAAGAAGAACGACGAAGACGUCCCCACAAGAGUUGACAUUGAGAUCAAUCCACUAGGAUCCAAAUUGGAGAUGCGCUACUGUGUCCGUUCUGACUGUGGUGACUACACUCUGAACAUUGAAAACUCAUCUGGUUCGAAGACUGCCACAUGCACAGUCCUCGUCCUGGACAAACCUGGUCCAAUCCAGCACCUGAGGGUUUCAGAGGUGAGAAGCGAUUCAGCCUAUCUCUCCUGGAAAGACCCCGAGGACAAUGGAGGAGCACGUCUUACCAACUUUGUUGUGGAGAAGAAAGAUGUGGCAGCCGCACAGUGGGUGCCAGUGUGCUCUUCGUCUAAGAAACGAAGCAUGAUGGCCAAGCACUUGAUGGAAGGAACAUCGUAUUUGUUCCGCGUUGCUGCUGAGAAUCAGUUCGGCAGAAGUGAAUACAUUGAAACAACCAAAGCCGUCAAAGCCAUGAAUCCACUGUUCCCACCUGGUCCACCAAAGGACUUGCACCAUGUAGAUGUCGACAAGACGGAGGUCUGGCUUGUGUGGAACUGGCCUGACCGCAACGGAGGUAGUGACAUCACAGGUUUCCUGGUUGAGUACCAAGAGGAAGGAGAGAGAGAGUGGGAUGAAUGGAACACCGUCAGCAUCCCUGAGAGCCACAUCACUGGCCUCGAGGAAGGAAAGACAUACAGAUUCCGUGUGAGAGCGGAGAACGCUAUCGGACUGAGUAGACCAGACACCACUGUCCCCGUCCUCUGCCAGGAGAAGCUUGUGGCUCCAAUCGUUGAAGUUGAGGCCAAGCUGAUCGAAGGGAUCAUUGUGAAAUGUGGAAGCACUAUCAGACUCCCCGCGAUCAUGAGAGGCAUCCCUGCGCCUACUGCCAAAUGGUCCAUUGACGGAGCAGAAAUUGUACCCGAAGGCGCAGUUAAGAUUGAGAGUGACAACUAUUCAACAGUUCUCAGCAUCAAUGAGUGUAUGAGAACCAACAGUGGAACCUAUAUUCUCACAGUUUCCAACCCUGCAGGAACCAAGACUCUGGCUUUGAAUGUGACCGUUCUUGAUGUGCCCGCUGCUCCCAUUGGACCAGUCAAUGUCCUUGAGGUUACUCCUGAGUACAUGCUUAUUGACUGGCGUACUCCAAAGGAUGAUGGUGGAAGCCCUGUAACAGGUUACAUUGUUGAGAAGAGAGAGGCUAAGAAGGAAACCUGGGGAGGUGUGAGCUCUGGUAGCACAGCAACAAAGCUUAAGAUCCCUCGUUUGCAGAGCGGUGUUGAAUAUGUUGUGCGUAUCCGUGCAGAGAACAAAAUGGGUAUCGGCGCUCCUCUUGAAAGUGCACCAACUGUCGCCCAACACACGUUUGAACCCCCUGGCCAUCCAGGCAAACCAAACACAUGGGACAUUGCAGAAGAUGCUCUCACUGUUGGGUGGACCAUGCCAUUGUUUGAUGGAGGCAGUCAAAUCACUGGAUAUAUAGUUGAGCGUAGACACAAAGGCGGUAAAUGGAUCCGUGUCAACACGACACCCUGUAAGGAUCUCAGAAUCAGAGUACUUGGUCUCUUUGAGGGAAAUGAGUAUGAGUUUAGAGUUUUUGCUGAAAAUAUUGCUGGUUUCAGUGGACCUUCUGCCAUAUCAGACCCAGCAAAACCAUGUCGUCAAAUUAAAGCUCCUGGACCUCCAGUUAACCCCAGAAUCAAGGACUACAGUAAGGAAAAUGCAGACCUAGUCUGGAUUAAGCCCAACAAAGAUGGAGGCAGUCCAAUCAUGGGCUACAUUAUUGAAAUUCAGAAAGCUGGUGGAGAAUGGGAGAUCAUCAACAAGGAUGGUCACAUUAAGCAGUGUGCUUACAGAGUUAAAGGCCUUGAAGAACACUCAGAGUACAGGUUCCGCAUUAGUGCUGUAAAUAUGAUUGGAGUUGGAGAGCCUAGAGAAUGCCUUGGAUCGGUGGUUGCCAAAGACAUCAUGAUACCUCCAGAGAUCGAGAUGGAUGCUACAAGCCGUGAGCGUUUGACUGUCCGAGUUGGACAUAACAUCAACAUCAUCGGUUACGUGAAUGCCAGACCCGAUCCAGAGAUUAUCUGGAAAAAGGGUGAUAAUGUUUUGGAAACCGCCAAGCACACAACACUAACUCAGAACUUGCCUGUUGUUCAACUGAGAAUCAAAGAGGCAACCAGAGCAGACCAUGGAAUAUAUGUUUUGAAGGCUAACAACUACAGUGGUGAAGCCGAAGCUACAAUAACUGUGAAUGUGUUGGAUAGACCUGGACACUGUCAGAAUCUGAAGGCCACCUAUGUGACCAAAGACUCUUGUAUGGUGUCCUGGGAGAACCCUGUAGAUAACGGAGGCUCUGAGAUUACAAACUACAUUGUUGAGUGCCGUGAACCCAGUGUGAGGCUUUGGUCAAUGAUCUCAUCUGACUGCACUAACCGCAUGGUUAAAGCCAAACUCAUGGAGGGCCACGAGUAUCUCUUCCGUGUUUGUGCUGUGAACAAAUGCGGCCCUGGGCCCACAGUUGAGACAAAACAACCAACCCUUGCCAUCGAUCCCAUUAACAAGCCUGGUGAGCCAGAGAACUUCCACGUAACCGACGUGGGUAAGAACUUUGUCUUCUUGAAAUGGAGGAGGCCAGACUAUGAUGGUGGAAGCCCCAACAUUGGUUACGCUUUGGAGAGCAAAGAAGCAGGAGCGGCAGAAUGGGUGCCAUUACACGAGGAUCUGAUUACAAGUACAUACUUCAUGGCUGACAAGUGUGUGGAAAAACAAACCUAUCAGUUCAGAGUGCAGACAUGCAAUGAAGGUGGAGAAAGUGACUGGGUGAAGACUGGUGAUGUACUUGUUAAAGAGGAGAUCCAGAAACCAGUGCUUGAUAUAAAGUUAGCUGGAGCCCUUGUGGUUAAAGCUGGAGAGUCUAUCAGAAUUGAGGCUGGACUCAGAGGAAAGCCUCAACCAGAGGUGAAGUGGGUGAAGGACAGGGCCACAGGAGAUAACCCCAGAGUUAGUGUUGAAACGGGCACAGAUUACUCUAAAUUUCUUUUGACCAAAUCCAAGCGUACAGACACCGGAAAAUAUGUUGUUACUGCCACAAACUCUGCUGGAACCUUCACUGGAUACGCAGUUGUUAAUGUCUUGGAUGUCCCAGGGCCUGUGAGAGACGUGAAGGUGUCUGGAAUCGGAGUAGACAAAUGUAGAGUUGCAUGGGAUCUCCCAGAAGAUGAAGGUGGAUGUGAAGUUGAUAGCUAUAUCAUUGAGAAAUGUGAGACAAGAAGAAUGGUCUGGUCCACAUACUCUGCUUCACUUGUCACCAACUAUUGCAAUGUUACCCGACUAGUAGAAGGAAAUGAGUACAUCUUCCGCAUCAGAGCAGAAAACAAGAUGGGGACAGGUCCCGCAGUGGAGAGCAAACCUGUCACAGCUAGGACUCAGUUCAACAGACCUGGACCACCAGAAUCACCAGAGAUAACCAAGAUCGGCAAGGAGGAAAUGACAGUCGUAUGGGCCCCACCAGAGAAUGAUGGUGGAAAGUCUAUCACUGGUUAUAUCCUGGAAAGGAAAGAAAAGCGUGCUGUCAAAUGGGUGCCAUGCACAAAGAGUACCAUCUCUGAGAGACGCAUGAAAGUCAGCAACUUAAUUCCCAACCACGACUAUCAGUUCCGUGUCAAGGCUGAAAAUGAAGUUGGACUGGGAGAGCCAAGCAAACCAUGCAGACCAGUAGCAGCCAAAGAUCCAAUUGAGACUCCUGGUCCUCCAGGCAGUUUCAAGGUGAUUGACAGCACCAAGACGUCCAUUACUCUUGGGUGGGCCAAGCCUAUCUAUGAUGGAGGUGCUCCUAUCAUUGGAUACAUGGUUGAAAUGAGAGACAAACUUGAACCUAAACCGGAAGUGAUUGAAGCUGAAGCUGUUCCUGAAGAUAAACCUGCAGAUGAAGCUAAGCCUGAAGGUGAAGCUAAGCCUGAAGCAGCAGCAGGAGAAGGUGAGGAAAAAUAUGAAGAGGAAGCUGAGGAUAAAGCUACUGCAGUUGCAGCUAAAGCUAAAGCUGAAGCUAAACGUAAGGAGAAAGAAGAGGGCUGGAAGAAGUGUAACACCGGUGCUGGUGUGCUGGUGCACACAGAAUUCACCAUUCCAAACUUGAAUGAGAAGCAGAUGUAUGAAUUCAGAGUCUCUGCACAGAACCAGGUCGGCUGGGGUCGUCCUGCUACACUCAAAGAGGCUGUCAACCCCAAGGAGGUCCUCGAGGCACCAGAGAUUGACUUGGAUGCCAGUCUAAGGAAGGGCUUCAUUGUUAGAGCAGGCUGCCCCAUCAGGCUCUUCGCUACUAUCAGAGGAAGACCAUCCCCCAAAGUCACCUGGAAGAAGCUCGGUGUUGAUAACGUCGCCAGGAGAGGGCACGUAGAUCAGAUUGAUACUAUGUCCUUCCUUGUGAUCCCUGAGAGCACUCGGGACGACUCCGGCAGAUACUCUCUCACACUCUCCAACUCCGCUGGGGAGAAAGCUAUAUUUGUCCGUGUUAAAGUAUUGGAUACUCCUGGACCUGUGGGAGGAUUUGAGGUCUGUGAUGUGACAAGCACCGGUUGUCAGCUGUCUUGGCUCCCUCCGGAUAACGAUGGUGGCUGUCAAAUCCAGAACUACAUCGUUGAGAAACGUGAACUCGAAAAGAAGACUUGGUCAAAUUGUAUCAACGACUUGAAGAAAACAAGCUUCAGAGUCACCGGCCUCACAGCUGGCUGUGACUACUACUUUAGAGUUAUGGCAGUCAAUAAAUAUGGCAUUGGUGUUCCUAAAGACUCUCCAAAAGCCUACCUGACAACUGAUCCUAUAAGUGAACCUGAUCCACCCAAGAAGAUGGAUGUCUUGGAAGUGACAAAGAACAGUGCCACUCUGGGAUGGCUGAAACCUUUGAGGGAUGGUGGAGCUAAGAUCAAUGGCUACAUGGUUGAUUACAAAGAGGAUGGCGAACCUGAAGACAAAUGGACACCAUAUUCCGUUGUUAAAGACUUAACCAUUGUAGUCGUUGGACUUAAAGAGGGCACAAAGUACAAGUUCAGAGUUGCAGCAAGAAACGUGGCUGGAACCAGUCUGGCAAGAGAAGCUGAGGGAGUAUUUCAGGUCAAGGAGCAGCUGAUGGCACCAAAGAUCAUCAUGCCUGAUAGUGUCACAGUAAAGGCAGGAGAGAAAAUGAGAGUUGACGCUAUUGUGGCUGGAAAACCUGCACCAUUCUGCAAAUGGAGGCAAGGAGCCGAUGAUCUGUUGACAUCUGAUCGUCUCAUGGUGCAAAAGUCUCCAAACUGCAUUUCACUCAUCAUGAAAGACGUCUCGAGAAAGGACAGUGGUUAUUUCAGUCUUUCUGCUGAGAACAGCACCGCCAAAAUAAGCCAGAUCCUUAGAGUCGUAGUACAGGAUAAGCCUGGGCCUCCUGAUGCUCCCCUGGAGAUCGCUGAGCUUGAUAUUGAUGCCUGCACACUUCAGUGGAACCAACCCAGUGAGGAUGGUGGAAGCAACAUCACUAACUACGUCAUUGAGAAGUGUGAUGUGAGCAGAGGAGACUGGGUCAUAGCUUCUGGCUCAUGCACCACAACCAGCUACAGAGUUGGCAAGCUUACCCCUGGAAUGGAGUAUGGUUUCCGUGUCCGAGCUGAGAACAGAUUUGGCAUCUCGGAGCCAAUCUAUUCAGAGAAAAUUAUCGCUAGAUAUCCCUUCGAUGUCCCAGGCGAGCCCAGAAAUCUGUGUAUCAUGAAAGUUAAGAGUGAAGCAGUGUCUCUGUCCUAUGAGACCCCAUCAACUGACGGUGGCAGUCCACUUACCGGAUACUGCAUUGAGCGUAAAGAGAGGAACAGCCUUCUCUGGGUAAGAGCAAAUGAGUCCGUUGUCCGCGGACUUGAAUACAACUGCACAGGCUUAAUGGAAGGUCUGGAAUAUGCAUUCAGGGUGUCUGCCCUCAACAAGGCCGGCCAGGGUAAACCAAGCAAACAGACUGACUGGGUCACAGCAAGAACACCCAUCGAUCCACCUGGGAAACCUGAGGUAAUGGAUGUGACAAAGAGCACUGUUUCACUUGUUUGGACUCGCCCCCAAAAUGAUGGAGGUAGCAAGCUCAUUGGAUACUAUGUGGAGUACAUGAAGAUUGGUCAAGAAGUAGAGAAAUGGGUUCGCUGCAAUGCCAACUGCCAGAACGUCAAAACAGAAGACUAUGUUGUAACUGGCCUGGAGGAGGGAGCCCAGUAUCACUUCAGAGUUUUCGCCAAGUCAGCAAUCAACAUCAGCUUGCCUUCUCAGAUCUCAGAUGCCAUUCCAGUGUUUGCAGAGAAUGUUCCCCCCAGGGUCGAGCUGGGAGUGGACAUGAAGAACAUGAUCAUAGUGAAGGCUGGAGAAAAUGUCUCCUUUGAUGCAGUAGUGUUUGGAAAACCACUGCCCAAGGUUACAUGGAAGAGAAAUGGUGUUCCAUUGAAACUGGUUGAUGGGAUGAAGAUGACACAGAAGAGACACACACACAUUCUGGAAUUGUUCUCUGUAGCAAGGAAGGAGUCUGGAGAGUACACUAUUUUAGCUGAAAACCCCAAUGGCACUAAAUGUGCCAAUAUUAAGCUCAAGGUUCUAGACAAACCCGGCCCACCAGCCGGAGUGAAAGUCACCAAGGUGUUUGCGGACCAUAUUAAGAUGAGGUGGGAGCCACCUGUUGCAGAUGGAGGCUCUGAAAUCAUCAACUACAUCAUUGACAAACGUGAAACCAGCAGAGCGAACUGGGCUCUGGUCACCUCCAAUAUCAAUGGUCAACUGACCGAUUGCACAGUAGAUAAACUCAUGCAGGACCAUGAAUACCAGUUCAGGGUCAGUGCUGAGAACCAGUAUGGUAUUGGAGACCCCAUCCUCACUGACCCUGUCAUGGUCAAGAAUCCAUAUGAUGUUCCUGGUCCUAGUGAGCCACCAGUUAUUACCAACAUUACAGCCAAUUCUAUGACUGUCAGCUGGAAAGCGCCUGCUGAUGAUGGUAAAGCUACCAUUCUGGGUUACAUGGUUGAGAAACGUGAAGCGUCAGAGCUCAACUGGGCUAAAGUCAACCGUAAACCAGUGAUUGACAGGAGCAUCAAAGCUGCCCAGCUCUCAGAGGGAUCUGAGUAUGAGUUUAGAGUGAUUGCCAUGAACAAAGCUGGAUUUGGCAAACCAAGUGAUGCAUCCAAUGCUGCCCUUGCCGUGGAUCCUGUGUAUCCACCUGCACCACCUGCUUUCCCUAAAGUUGUCGACUCAACACGCAGCACCAUUAGCUUGUCUUGGACCAAGCCUGCUUACGAUGGUGGUUGUGAAAUCUUUGGCUACCUUGUCGAGUGCAAGAGAGCUGAUGCAGCAGACUGGACGAAGUGCAAUGUGCCCAAAAAUCUGCACGAAACCAAGUUCCUGGUUACUGGUCUCAUUGAUAAAACAGAAUAUGUGUUCCGUGUCUUUGCUGUGAACAAGAUCGGAUACAGCGAGCCAAGUGAAGUUCCUGGGAAACACGAGGCCAAAGACAUCCUGAUUGCCGCUGAUGCUGAGCUGGAUGCUGACCUUCGCAAGGCACUGGUCCUGAGAGCCGGAGUCACAAUGAGACUCUAUGUGCCACUGAUAGGACGUCCCCCACCCAAGGUGGUGUGGACCAAGGUCAAUGCCAACCUCAAAGAACGAGCAGGAAUCAUGAUCAAAACGACCGAAUGGGACACCCUUAUGUACAUUGAGGAUAUCAACAGAUAUGAUGCUGGAAAAUACGUUUUGUCUCUUGAAAACGAGAGCGGAAAGAAGUCUUACACAAUCGUCGUGAAGGUCCUAGAUACUCCUGGUCCACCACUGAAUCUGAUUGUGAAGGAAACAUCUCUGAACCAUGCAUCCAUCGGCUGGGAUCCUCCUCUGAUUGAUGGAGGAAGCCCAGUGAAGAGCUACAUUGUUGAGAAGCGUCUUGCAGAGAGAAAAGCAUGGUCCUGUGUCAUAGCCGAAUGCCCCAAAUCUACUUUCAGGAUUCCUAACUUGGAAGCUGGACAAGCCUACUGUUUCAGAGUCUUGGCUGAAAAUAACUAUGGUAUCGGAGAAGGUUGUGAGACUGCCGGAGUUGUAAGAGCUUCAGAACUACCUGGAGCAGUUAUACAUUUUAAGGCACUGUCGAUCACUAAAGAUUCCAUUCAUAUUGGCUGGAAAAAGCCAAUCAGUGAUGGUGGAAGUCACAUCAGUGCUUAUCUUCUGGAGCUUCAGGAAGGUGAAGAGAAGUAUACGGAACUAGUGAAAGGAAAGGUCAUGUCACAUAUGAUGGUUGAACUUAAAGAAGGAAAGGAGUACUCUUACAGGGUGAAAGCAAUCAAUGAGUCUGGAGAGGGACCACCUUCGGAGCUCACUGUGAUCGCUAAAGAUCAAACCAUUGCACCUGAUUGUGACUUGAGUGGCAUCCCAGAUCUGUGUUAUGUUGCCAAGGAGGGAAGCACAGUCCGUAUCAACGUCCCUAUUGUUGGCAAACCAGCUCCUUCAGCCAUCUGGAAGAAGGGAAAUGUUUCUCUGGGAGACAGUGGAAGAAUGUCAGUUGAAUCUACACCUACUUUGACAACUUUGCUCAUCCGUGAUUGCCAGAGAGGUGAUGCGGAAAAUUAUACAAUCCUGCUAAGAAACACUGCAGGAGUCAAAGAAGCAAAGAUGCAGAUAAAGGUGGUUGGAAAACCAGGAAUCCCAACAGGACCAUUCAAGUUUGACGAAAUCACUGCCGAUGGAAUCACUCUGGAGUGGGGUCCACCAAAGGAUGAUGGUGGGACUGAAAUAUCCAACUACAUUCUGGAGAAGCGGCAAUCAACGGCCAACAAGUGGGCUACUGUGGCCUCCGCUAUUCAGAAGAAUACUAUGAGAGUUACCAGGCUCCAUGAUGGUACUGAAUACAUCUUCAGAGUGUUCGCAGAAAACAAAUAUGGAGUUGGAGAAUGCCUCAAAUCUGACCCAGUGGUGGCUCAGCAUCCAUUCAAUGUGCCUGAUGCACCUGCACCACCAGAGAUUGUGAGCAUUCGCCAUGAGUCGGCCAUUUUAAAUUGGACUGAACCUAAAGAAAAUGGAGGCUCACCAAUCACUGGCUAUCAUGUCGAAUUCAAAGAAAGGAACAGCUUGAUGUGGAAGAGAGCCACUAAGACCCCUAUUAGGGUAAAGGACUGCAGAGUGACUGGACUGAUUGAAGGCCUGGAGUAUGAAUUCAGAGUCAUGGCAAUGAAUGCGGCCGGUUUAGGAAGGCCAAGCAGGGCAACAGAACCAGUCAUCGCCCUUGAUCCAAUUGAUCCUCCUGGUAAGCCUGAUGUCAUCAAUGUAACCAGAAGCACUGUAACACUUAUGUGGACUGCACCCAAGUACGAUGGUGGACACAAACUGACUGGCUACCUGGUUGAGAAACUGGAAUUGCCAGGAAAGACAUGGAUGAAAGCAAAUCAUAUCAAUGUCCAAGGCCUUGCUUUUACUGUGCAAGACCUGACAGAAGGCAGCAGCAUGGAAUUCAGAAUCAGAGCUAAGAAUGCAGCUGGCGCAAUCAGUGUUCCUUCAGAGCAAACUGAUACCCUUAUCUGCAAAGAUGAGUAUGAACCACCAAGCAUCUCUAUCGAUCCAGACAUGAAGGAAGGUGUCUCUGUCAGAGCUGGGGACACCAUUGUGGUAUCUGCUUCCAAGAUCCUUGGCAAACCUCCACCUACAGCUGUGUGGUCCAAGGCAGGAAGAGAAUUCAAGACCUCAGAUAUUGUCCAAAUCACAAGCACUCCAACUACUUCAACGUUGUCUAUUAAAUAUGCCAGCAGGAAGAACACUGGAGAUUACACAAUUACAGCCAGCAAUCCUUUCGGUAUCAGAGAAGAACAUGUUAAGGUCAAGGUUCUUGAUAUCCCUGGACCUCCAGGCCCCAUUGAAGCUAGCAGUGUGUCAGCUGAGAAGUGCACAUUGACAUGGUUGCCACCAGAAGAGGAUGGUGGCUGCGCAAUCAAAUCCUACACACUGGAGAAGAGAGAAACAAGCCGUCUUCUCUGGACCAAACUUGCUGAAAAUAUCUUUGAUUGCAGAUUUGUUGCAAACAAGCUUAUCAAGGGCAAUGAGUACAUCUUCCGUGUGUCUGCAGUGAACCAGUAUGGCACUGGUGAUGGAACACAAUCCGGCCCAGUCAAAAUGGUUGACAGCUUUGGCCCACCAGGCCCACCCGGAGUCCCAGAGAUUGACAAUGUCAGCAGGAACGCUGUCACCAUUUUCUGGAAGAGGCCAAUUAAAGAUGGCGGAAGUGAUAUUAGAGGUUAUCAGGUUGAGAGGAAAGAGAGAAGAGGAAUGAGAUGGGUGAGAGCAUCGAAGAAAACGGUCUCUGACCUACGUUACAAAGUACAAGGACUCACGGAAGGUGUUCAAUAUGAAUUCAGAGUAACUGCAGAGAACAAAGCUGGCUUUGGGGAACCAAGUGAACCAUCUGCCCAUGUAAUGACAAAGGAUAUCGUAUAUCCACCAGGACCUCCUUCCAACCCAAGAAUUACUGACACCACCAAGACAACAGCCACAUUCAACUGGGGUAAACCCCACUAUGAUGGCGGUCUGGAUGUAGCGGGAUACAUUGUUGAGCACAAAAAGGAAGGACAUGACGAUUGGGUCACAGACGUCUCAAGACUGAGAAUUACAGAAUAUGUUGUCUCAGACCUGAAGGCAGGUGGGAACUACUAUUUCAGAGUCACAGCCAUGAAUACAGAGGGAGUUGGUGAACCAGCAGAAGUUGAAGAAAUUGUUGAACUUGGGGACCGUGAGACACUUCCUGACUAUGAGCUUGACGCUGAGUAUAGAAAAACCCUUGUUGUCAGGGUCCGUGGAUCCAUUCGUAUCUUCGUACCAAUUAAAGGACGUCCAGUUCCUGAAGUAACCUGGAUGAAAGAUGCCGCCAUUCUUGGUAAAGGUGGCCGUGAACACAUUGAUAUUACAGAGUCGUAUACUCUCCUGGUUAUCCCUGACUGCACAAGAUAUGAUGCCGGAAAAUACAUGCUGUCAUUAGAAAACGUUGCAGGUAAGAGAGACGGAUUCGUUAAUGUCAGAGUACUGGAUUCACCAGGACCACCUGUGAACCUGAUACCACGUGAAAUCACCAAAACAAGCAUAACUAUGCAGUGGGAAAUCCCCAUCAUUGAUGGUGGAUCAAAGAUCAUUAACUAUGUCAUUGAGAAGCGAGAAGCCACAAGAAAAGCUUACACAGUAAUCAGUACAACCUGGCAGAAAUGUUCCUUCAAGUAUGACAACUUGGAUGAAGGCUCUGAAUAUUACUUCCGGGUAUCCGCUGAAAAUGAACUGGGCGUCGGUGAGCCAGCAGAGACACCUGAGACAAUCAGAGCAUCUCAAGCACCCACUGCCCCUGAAAAUCUGUAUGUCACUGACGUAUCAGUGGACACCGCAAGCCUUGCAUGGACGAAGCCAAAACAUGAUGGCGGCAGUAGGAUUACUGGAUACGUUAUUGAAGCACAGAAGAAGGACACAGAGACAUGGACCCAUGUGAGAACUGUAAAAGCUCUUGACUACACAGCCACAGAUCUCAUUGAAAAUAUGGAGUAUGUGUUCCGCAUCAUGGCAGUAAACAGCUCUGGCAGAAGUAAUCCACGUGAAAGCAGACCUGCUAUCAUUAGAGAACAAACAGCAGCACCUGUGUUUGACCUGCGUGGAGUCUACCAGUCCUUGGUCAUUGCUAAAGCUGGUGAUAACGUGAAGGUUGAAAUUCCUGUUCUGGGUCGCCCCAGGCCAUCAGUUUCAUGGAAGAGAGGAGAGGACACACUUAAACAGACACAGAGAAUCAACACUGAUACUACUGCAACUUCAACUACUCUCCACAUCAAUGAGAUCAAAAGGACCGAUGGUGGUGCAUUUUCGAUGACCGGCAAGAAUAUACUUGGAACAACGACAGAGACAAUUACUGUUGAAGUCCACGAUAUUCCAGGACCUCCUACUGGACCAAUUAAGCUUGAAGAAGUUUCAUGUGACUACAUUCUCAUGUCAUGGGAAGGUCCGGAGAAUGAUGGUGGCGUACCCAUUAACAAUUACAUUGUUGAAGCUAGAGAAACCACAGGCACAUCAUGGGUUGAAUUAGCAGCAACAGUUAUCCGUACGACAUUCAAAGCUGCCCGUCUCACAACAGGAAUCACAUAUCAGUUCCGUGUUAAAGCCCAGAACAGGUAUGGCAUUGGACCCUGUAUAGUCUCAGAACAAGUGGUUGCUGCUUAUCCAUUCGAUGUGCCAGGACAACCAGGCCUUCCUGAAAUCGUCCACUUCAACAAGGAUUCCAUGACUAUUAGCUGGGAUGAACCAGCGUCCGAUGGUGGAAGCCCCAUUUUGGGAUAUCACAUUGAAAGGAAAGAGAAGAACAGUAUCCUCUGGCAGAAAAUCAGCAAAGCACUUGUAGCGGGGAACAUGUUCAAAUCAACAGGCUUGGUGGAUGGAAUUGCCUAUGAGUACCGUGUUAUUGCUGAAAACAUGGCUGGUUUGAGCAGGGCAAGCAAGCAUUCUGAGACUACCUUUGCUCUGGAUCCAGUGGACCCACCUGGCCAACCAGUGGCAUUGAAUGUAACCAGACAUGAGGUGACUCUUCAGUGGACAAAACCUGAAGGUGAUGGAGGAUUCUCAAUAACUGGGUACCAAGUGGAAAAGAGAGAACUCCCAGAUGGACGCUGGCUUAAGGCCAACUAUAGCAACGUCCUUGAGACAACAUUCACUAUUAGCGGGCUCACAGAGGAUGCUACUUAUGAGUUCCAUGUUUUGGCAAGAAACUCAGCUGGCGCUCUCAGUAAGCCAUCUCUACCAUCAGAGGAAAUCACUUGCAGAGAUGACAUUGAAGAGCCCAAACUUGAAGUUGAUACAAUAUAUAAUAGUACUGUGGUUGUGAAAGCAGGUGAUGUUUUCAAACUUGCUGCCAACGUAACAGGCAGACCAAUCCCAACACUGCUAUGGACCAAAGACGGGAAGGAACUUGAAGAUACGGCAAAGUUGGAAAUCAAACUCUAUGACUUUUCUACAACAUUAGUCAACAAAGAUUCGCUAAGAAGGUGCGGCGGCACAUUCACUUUAACUGCCAGCAAUCCUGGUGGUUUUGCAAAGCAUACCUUCAAUGUUAAGGUUCUUGAUAGACCUGGACCUCCAGAUGGUCCACUUGCUGUAACAGAUGUCACUGCUGAGAAAUGUAUCCUGUCAUGGUUGCCACCAUCACAUGAUGGUGGUGCAAAGAUUCUACACUACAUCAUUGAGAAACGUGAAACAAGUAGACUUGCUUGGACAAAUGUAGCGUCAGACUUACAAGUGAACAGGUUUAAGGUUACCAAGUUGUUGAAGGGUAAUGAGUAUAUCUUCAGAGUUAUGGCUGUCAACAUAUAUGGAACUGGAGAGCCCCUUGAGUCCAAUCCAAUGGUUUCUACAAAUCCAUAUGUGCCAGCUGAUGCUCCAACAUCACCGGAGGUGACGACCAUCACAAAGAACACCAUGGUUGUCUGCUGGGAACGCCCUGAUCACGACGGUGGAAGCAGCAUUUUCAACUAUGUUGUUGAAAGGAGAGACAAAACUGGUCUUCGCUGGGUUAAAUGCAACAAGAGGACUGUAACUGACCUGAGGUACAAAGUAUCGGGGCUCACACCAGGGCAUGAAUACGAAUUCAGAAUCAUUGCAGAAAACAAUGCUGGUUUAGGUACACCAAGCCCUUCAAGUGAAUUCUACAAAGCAGUAGACACAAUCUUCCAACCUGGACCACCUGGAAAUCAAAGAGUCUUGGACACAACCAAGUCAUCCAUUACAGUUGCAUGGAACAAACCUGUGUACGAUGGUGGUUCUGAUAUCAUUGGCUACAUUGUGGAGACCUGUCUACCUGAGGAAGAUGAAUGGACAAUUCGAACCCCUAAGAAGGGAUUAGUUGGUACGUCAUUUACCAUCACUAACCUGGUAGAAAACCAAGAUUAUAAAAUCAACAUUUGUGCAGUUAACUGUGAAGGGGUUGGAGAGCCAGCACAAGUGCCUGGCACACCAAUUGCAGAGGAUAGGCUGCUUCCUCCUGAAAUUGACCUUGGUGCAGAGCUUCGUAAGGUUGUCUGCGUUAGAGCUUGUGGCACAUUGAGACUCUUUGUACCUAUUAAAGGAAGACCAGCUCCUGAGGCCAAGUGGUCCAGAGAAAAUGGAGAGCCUAUUACGAGAGCAACAAUUGACACCACAUCAUCAUUUACUGCUCUUAUGGUGGAAAAUGUUGACAGAUUUGACAGUGGAAAGUACAUGUUGACAGUGGAAAAUGCCUCAGGAAGCAAAACAGCAUAUGUGAAUGUCAGAGUGCUGGACACACCUGGAGCACCACAAAGCCUCAUAAUCAGAGAGGUCACCAGAGACUCAGUAUCACUCAUGUGGGACGCGCCCCUUAUUGACGGUGGCUCCAGAAUUAGAAACUACGUUGUGGAGAAACGUGAAUCAACAAGAAAAGCUUACUCCACAGUUUGUGCUCAAUGCGUUAAAUCCAGCUGGAAAAUUGGUGGCCUGGAGGAAGGAAACACAUAUUUCUUCAGAAUUCUGGCUGAGAAUGAAUUUGGCAUUGGCCUUCCAAUAGAGACUCCUGAGGCAGUCAGAAUAUCUGAGAAGCCACUUCCACCAGGCAAAGUAACUCUUGUUGAUGUUACAGGCACCAGUGUCUCUCUGUCUUGGGAAAAACCAGAUCAUGAUGGAGGAAGCAGAAUCUCAGGAUAUAUUGUUGAAAUGCAGGGCAAAGACAGUGAAACUUGGACCCAGUGUGCAGUUGCAAAAAUCACACAGGCUAUUGUUCUUGGACUGACACAGGGUGAAGAAUAUAUGUUCCGUGUGUCAGCACAUAAUGAAAAAGGAACCAGUGAUCCUCGUCUACUUAGUGUAUCUGUGGUAGCCAAAGAUCUUGUCAUUGUGCCAGUAUUCAAGCUGCUGUUUACCACAUUCAGUGUAUUGGCAGGAGACGAUCUCAAGAUAGAUUUGCCAUAUUCUGCUCGUCCCAAAGCAGUUCCGACCUGGCUCAAGGAUGGUGUUGCACUCAAAGAAACAACCAGAGUCAAUGCUGAUGCCACUGAUACACAUUUGUAUCUUGUGGUCAAGGAAGCCAGUCGGGAAGAUGUGGGCAAGUACACCAUCAAACUUGUAAACACAGCUGGUGAAGCAACAGUGGACAUUGGGGUUGUUGUUCUUGAUAAACCUGGUCCUCCGACUGGCCCAAUCACUCUUGAUGAAGUCACUUCUGACAGUGUGGUACUGUCCUGGAACCCACCUACAUAUGUUGGUGGUUGUGCCAUUAACAACUAUGUAGUAGAAAAGAGGGAAACUACCUCCACAAAUUGGCAGAUUGUGUCUGCAACAGUUGCAAGAACCACCAUUAAAGCAGCUCGGUUGAAGACUGGCUGUGAAUAUCAGUUCAGGAUUGCUGCUGAGAACAGAUAUGGAAAGAGUCCAGUACUUAUAUCAGAAAAUAUUGUUGCUCAAUAUCCAUUCAAUCUCCCAAGCGCUCCAGGGACCCCAGUUAUACAAUCAUCUACAAAGGACAGCAUGGUUAUUGUAUGGGAGAAGCCUGGUAGUGAUGGUGGGAGCAAGAUUUUGGGAUAUCACCUUGAGAGUAAGGAGAGAAACAGCCUCCUCUGGGUGAAACAAAACAAACAGCUGAUCCCAGACUCAAGGUUCAAGCUUGGUGGUCUUGAUGAAGGUAUCGAAUAUGAGUACAGAGUUUAUGCUGAAAAUAUUGUUGGGGUUGGCAAAGCUAGCAAAUUUUCAGAUAUUCGUGUAGCAAGAGAUCCCUGUGACAGUCCAGGCAAGCCUGAAGCUGUCAUUGUCACAAGAGGAGCUGUCACUCUCCAAUGGACUAAGCCAGAGUUAGAUGGAGGUAGCAAAAUCACUGGCUACGUUGUGGAGAAGAAAGAGCUGCCUGAAGGGCGCUGGAUGAAGUCCAGUUUCGCCAAUGUCAUUGAGACCCAAUUUCUUGUGACUGGCUUAGUUGAAAACCAGUGCUAUGAGUUCCGUGUCAUUGCAAGAAAUGCAGCAGGUGUUUUUAGUCUUCCAUCAGAGAGCACUGGGUCUAUUACAGCAAAGGAUGAAGUUGAUCCUCCCAAAAUAGAGAUUGACUCAAAGUACUCUUCAACAGUUGUUCUGAUGGCUGGUGAAUCGUUCAACCUUUGUGCAGAUAUUUUCGGCAAACCUGUGCCCUCAGUCCAUUGGAUGAAGAACAACAUAGAAAUAAAAGAUGCUGCACGCCUUGAGAUAAAGAACACCGCUUUUAAAGCAUCUUUGAGUGUUAAGGAGGCAAUCCGUGUCGAUGGAGGCCAAUAUAUCCUACUUUUGAAAAAUGUAGGCGGAGAGAAGGCAGUGAACAUCAAUGUCAAAGUGUUGGACAGACCUGGUCCACCAGGAGGCCCAAUUUCUAUCUAUGGAGUCACAAGUGAAAAGGCUUGUAUUGCCUGGAGACCACCAGCACAAGACGGAGGUAGUGAUGUUUCUCAUUACAUUGUUGAAAAGAGAGAGACAAGCAGAUUGGUUUGGACUCUGGUUGAACCUAAAGUGCAGACUCUAAAUCUGAAGAUCAUAAAACUUGUUCCUGGAAAUGAAUAUGUCUUCCGAGUGAUUCCUGUAAACAAAUACGGAAUUGGUGAGCCUCUUGAAUCCGAGCCAAUGAUUUCCAGAAAUCAAUUUGUGACACCUGAUCCACCAACGGAUGUGGAAGUCUCUACCAUCACAAAAGAUUCAAUGGUGGUAACGUGGGAAAGACCUGAAAACGAUGGUGGCAAUGCCAUUUCUGGAUUUGUCAUUGAGAAGCGUGACAAAGAAGGUGUACGCUGGACCAGAUGCAAUAAGCGUACAGUGAGUGAGCUGCGCUUCAGAGUAGCAGGUCUGCUUGAAAACCGCAGCUAUGAGUUCCGAGUUUCAUCUGAGAAUGCUGCUGGAGUUGGUAAACCAAGUGAACCCACUAUUUACUAUAAAGCAUUGGACGCCAUCUUCACAUCAGGUCCACCAAAUAAUCCCAAAGUGACUGACACAACAAGAACAUCUGUGUCCUUGUCAUGGGGCAAACCUAUCUAUGAUGGUGGCUGUGAGAUUCAAGGAUACUUAGUGGAGGCCUGUGAAGGAGCAACUGAUGAAUGGACAAUGUGCACUCCAUCUGCUGGAAUCAUAAACACUAAAUUUACAGUUACAAAACUACUAGAGAAGCACGAGUAUAAAUUCAGAGUCUGUGCCAUAAACAAGGUUGGUGUUGGUGAGCAUGCAGAUGUCCCUGGAUCAGUUCUUCUAGAGGAGAAAUUGGAAGCACCAGAUCUUGAGCUUGACUCUGACAUGAGGAAGAUGAUUAAUGUCAGAGCUGGAAGCGCUCUUAGGUUGUUCGUUCCUGUUAGGGGACGGCCAGCUCCUGAACUGAAAUGGGGAAAAGCUGAUGGAGAACUCAAGGAGACAGCACAGAUUGACAAUACAAGCAGUUACGCCUCACUUCUGAUUGAAAAUGUUGACAGAUUUGACACUGGCAAAUACACUGUUACUGCAGAGAAUUCCAGUGGAGUUAAAUCUGUCUUCAUCAGUGUCAGAGUACUUGAUUCACCUAGUAUGCCUGCAAAUUUCGCUAUUAAGGAGAUAACAAAGAACUCAGUCACCCUUACUUGGGAGCCACCUAUUUUGGAUGGUGGGUCUAAAAUUAAGCAAUAUCAUGUUGAAAAACGAGAAAGCACUAGGAAAGUGUAUUCCCCUGUCACAACCUGUCACAAGAUGUCGUGGAAGAUUGAACCACUUGUGGAGGGAAGUAUCUAUUUCUUCAGAGUUCUUGCUGAAAACGAGUGGGGCAUUGGCUUACCCGCAGAGACCCCAGAACCCCUAAAGAUUUCAGAGGUACCUCAACCUCCCGGUAAAGUAACAGUACUGGAUGUGACCCGUAACAGUGUCUCUCUUAAGUGGGAGAAACCAGAUCAUGAUGGAGGCAGCAGAAUAAGCCAUUAUGAGAUUGAAAUGCAAUCCAAGGAUAGUGACAAAUGGACAUUAUGUGCUCAAUGUAAAUACCUUGAAACUACUGUUAGUAGCUUAGCCCAAGGAGAGGAGUACCAAUUCAGAGUAAUUGCGGUCAAUAGCAAAGGAAAGAGUGACUCUAGACUUCUGGCCAAUCCAGUAGUAGUAAAGGACCUUGUCAUUGAACCUGACAUAAGACCUAAAUUGACACAGUACAGUGUACAGGUCGGCUAUGAUCUGAAGAUUGAAGUUCCCAUUGCUGGACAUCCUAAACCAGUCAUUACAUGGACAAAGGAUGGUGCUGCCCUGAAACAGACCACAAGAGUUAAUGUUGUCGACAGUGCACGCAAUACACAUCUAACCAUCAAAGAAGCAACAAAAGACAAUGGGGGAUUGUAUAGUAUUAAUAUUACCAAUAUGCAUGGCUCCAAAGAUGCCACCAUUGAAGUAAUCACACUGGAUAAACCUGGCCCACCAACAGGCCCAAUCAAGAUGGAUGACAUCAGUGCUGAAAGUAUGACACUUACCUGGGAACCACCCUCAUACACUGGUGGUUGCCCAAUUUCAAAUUACGUUGUCCAGAAAAGAGAUACAACCACAACCAACUGGGUAGUAGUCUCGGCCACUGUGGCGAGAAAUACCCUGAAAGUGACAAAUCUAAAAACAGGUGCAGAAUACCAAUUUAGGAUCUGUGCUGAAAACAGAUAUGGCAAAAGUUAUGCCAUUGAUUCUGAACCUGUCCUUGCCCAGUAUCCCUUCAAGGAGCCAGGACCACCAGGAACACCUUACGUAUCUUCAUACACUAAGGAUUACAUGGUUGUGGAAUGGCACAAACCAAUUUCAGAUGGAGGCAGUGCCAUUUUUGGCUAUCACAUUGAGAGAAAGGAAAAGAACAGUAUCCUUUGGACAAAGAUCAAUAAAUCCCUUAUUCAAGACUGUAGAUUUAAAUCUACUCCUUUAGAGGAAGGUAUUGAAUAUGAAUUUAAAGUGUCUGCUGAGAAUAUUGUUGGCAUUGGCGCAUGCAGCAAACUCUCUGAGGGAUAUGUGGCACGUGAUCCUUGCGAUCCUCCUGGCACCCCAGAGGCUAUCAUUGUAACCAGGCACUCCAUGAAACUGAAGUGGACAAGACCACAGUAUGAUGGUGGCAGUCUGAUCACAGGCUAUGUGGUGGAGAAACGCAAUCUCCCAGAGGGAAGGUGGAUGAAGGCAAGUUUCACAAAUGUCAUUGAAAACGUAUUCACAGUCCUUGGUCUAACUGAAGACUGCAAAUAUGACUUCAGAAUCAUAGCUAGGAAUGCCGCUGGGUCUAUCAGCAAGCCCUCUACGAGCACAGGAUCCAUCACAGCAAAGGAUGAAGUUGAUCCUCCAAAAUGUGAAGUUGAGUCAGUGUACAAUCAGGUUGUUAUCAUCAAUGCUGGGGAAACAUUUACACUUGAGGCCGCUGUACAAGGAAAGCCAAUUCCCACAGUUCAAUGGUUCAAGAGUGAAGCAUUAGUGGAGAAUUCAGCCAGGGCUGAGAUUAUGAAUUCAGAUUUCCAAGCAAAGCUUGUUGUCAAAGAUGCUAUCAGAGUGGAUGGAGGACAAUAUACUUUGCUUCUAACUAAUGUUGCUGGAGCUAAAACUGUAACGUUCAAUGUGAGAGUACUGGACAGACCUGGGCCCUCUCAGGGACCCCUCACUGUCAGCAAUGUUGCAUGCGAGAAAUGCUCACUGUCCUGGCUUCCUCCAAGAGCUGACGGUGGCAGCAGCAUCUCCCACUACGUCAUUCAGAAGAGAGAGACUAGCCGUCUUGCAUGGACUGUGGUUGCUAGCGAUUGUGGAGCUACAAUGUUCAAAGUCACAAAGCUUCUGAUGGGAAAUGAGUAUAUUUUCCGUGUUAUGGCUGUCAACAAAUUUGGUACUGGUGAACCUCUUGAAUCAGCCCCAGUUAUAAUGAGAAAUCAAUUUGUUACUCCUGGACCACCUCAAGAAUUGGAAAUAGCCAAUAUCGCAAGGGAUUCCAUGACUGUGUGCUGGACUCGCCCAGAGGUUGAUGGUGGAAGUGACAUUGCUGGUUACAUUAUUGAGAAGAGAGAUAGAGCUGGAAUCAGAUGGACAAAAUGCAACAAACGCAGAGUCACAGACCUUCGCUUCAGAGUGACAGGCCUGACAGAGGAUCAUGAAUAUGAAUUCAGAUUAUCUGCUGAGAAUGCUGCAGGAGUCGGCCAACCAACUGAACCAACUUCUUACACCAAAGCCUGUGAUCCAACCUUUGAGCCUGGCCCUCCCACUAAUGCACAUGUGGUUGAUACUUCCAAGAACUCUAUUACACUCGCAUGGAGCAGACCCAUUUACGAUGGUGGAGUCGAUAUCCAGGGAUAUGCUGUGGAGAUCUGCAAAGCUGAUGAGGAUGAAUGGACCCUAUGCACUCCACCAAUGGGAGUGAAUGCAACUACCUUCAAAAUCACCAAACUUACUGAGCAUCAAGAAUAUAAGGUGCAAGUAUGUGCCAUUAAUAAAUUGGGUAUUGGUGAACCUGCUGAAAUUCUAGGAACCGUAAAACCGGUAGAUGCAAUGUUUGCGCCAGAGAUAGAGCUGGAUUCAGAGCUAAGGAAAGGAGUCGUUGUGCGUGCUGGAGGAUCCAUGAGGAUCAAUAUUCCAUUCAAAGGACGUCCUACUCCAGAAAUAAGCUGGUCCAAGGAUGAGGGUGAAUUGACUAACAAAGUUCAAAUUGAGAAAGGUGCCAAUUUUACUCAACUGUCAGUAGAUAUCUGUGACAGAAAUGAUGCUGGAAAGUACACUCUGACCCUGGAAAACAGCAGUGGUUCCAAGUCCGCAUUUGUUUCUGUCAAAGUACUUGAUACACCAGGAGCACCCGUAAACUUCACAGUGAAAGAUAUUAAGAAAAACUCUGUCAACCUUGUUUGGGAGCCUCCACUCAUUGACGGAGGCGCGAGGGUCAAGCAUUACUUUGUUGAGAAGCGUGAAUCCACCAGGAAAGCUUAUUCCAACAUUUCGAACAAGUGUACAAGGAACAGUUUCCAUGUGGGAGAUCUCAAUGAGGGGGUAAUUUAUUACUUCAGAAUUAUGGCUGAGAAUGAAUAUGGUGUAGGCCUGGCAGCAGAAACAGCUGAGCCAGUGAAGACAUCAGAAGUCCCUCUGCCUGUAGGAAAGGUCACGUUGACUGAGGUGACUAAGACAACCGCUUCGAUGGCAUGGGAAAAACCAGACCAUGAUGGUGGAAGUAGGAUAAUGGGAUACUACAUAGAAAUGCUGCCUGCAGGAUUAGAAGAAUGGAUCCUAUCCACAACCACAAAGACAUGUGAGGGAACUGUAGAAGGCCUAACCACAGGUCAAGAAUACCAGUUCAGAGUUUCAGCCUUUAAUGACAAAGGAAAGAGUGACACAAGGGUAUUAGCUGUGCCUGUCAUAGCUAAAGAUGUGACUAUUGAACCUAGUUUUGUAAUGGCAUUCAACACCUUUAGUGUCCAACAUAGUGAAGAUCUGAAAAUGGAAAUACCAGUGAGAGGAUGCCCAGCACCAACGGUGGUAUGGACAAAAGAUGGACAGGCAAUCAAAGAGACAACCAGGUUGAAUGUUUCAAGAACAGCAUCAUCAACAAUCCUUGCUAUAAAAGAGGCAACUAGAGUGGAUUCUGGCAAGUACAAAAUCACAGCUGCCAACAGUGUAGGAGAAAAAGUUGCAGAAAUCAGAGUGAUCAUCCUCAAUAAACCUGGCCCAGUCACAGGGCCUAUAAAGAUUGAGGAAGUGAGUUCCAAUUAUGUAAACCUUGCAUGGGACCCACCUGCGUACACAGGAGGAUGUCAAAUAAACAAUUACAUUGUGGAAAAACGUGACACAACAACCAUAGCAUGGCACUGUGUGUCUGCAACUGUUGCAAGAACAACUAUCAAAGUUACCAAGCUGAAAACCGGUACUGAAUACCAGUUUAGGGUGUUUGCAGAAAACAGAUAUGGAAAGAGUCCGUCAUUGGACUCAGCAGCUGUUGUUGUGCAGUAUCCUUUCAGUGAACCUCUUGCACCUGGUACUCCAUUUGUGUCAUCAGUAACUAAGGACAACAUGGUUGUUGAAUGGAAAGUACCAACCAGUGAUGGAGGCAGUCCAAUCCUUGGUUACCACCUUGAACGCAAAGAGAAGAACAGCAUUCUCUGGACUAAGUUGAACAAACUGCUCAUUCCUGACUGUCGAUUCAAAACAAAUGAACUUGAAGAGGGCAUUGAAUAUGAAUUCAAGGUCUUUGCUGAGAACAUUGCUGGCAUGAGUCCACCUAGCAAGAUUUCUGAUGUUUGUGUUGCCAGAGACCCAUGUGAUCCUCCUGGUACCCCUGAAGCUAUUGAUAUUACCAGGAACCACGUUACACUGUCAUGGACAAGGCCUCAUUAUGAUGGUGGUAGCCUGAUCACAGGCUAUGUUGUUGAAAGGAAGAAGCUUCCUGAUGGCCGUUGGAUGAAGGCUAGCUUCACAAACGUAAUUGAGACUCAAUUUACAAUCUCAGGUCUGACAGAAGAGUGUGAGUAUGAAUUUAGAGUAAUUGCAAAGAAUGCUUCUGGUAUUUUCAGUACUCCAUCUGAAAGCACUGGAGCAAUUACUGCUAAAGAUGAAAUUGAAGCACCAACAGCAUCAAUGGAUCCCAAGUUCAAGGAUUCUAUUGUCGUCCAUGCUGGUGAAACAUUUGUUAUUGAAGCUGAUAUUUUGGGAAAACCACUCCCUGAAAUCACAUGGUUGAAAGAUGGAAAAGAAAUUGACCAAACUACCCCAAGAAUGGAGAUCAAAACCACCAUUCAACGCACUAUUCUAACAGUCAAGGAAUGUAUCAGAGUAGAUGGUGGACACUUUGUCCUGAGUCUUAGCAACGUUGGUGGGACAAAAUCUAUUCCCGUCAACGUGAAGGUUCUUGAUAGACCUGGUCCACCCGAAGGUCCAAUGAAGAUAACUGGCGUGACUGCAGAGAAAGCCUAUCUUCACUGGAGUCAUCCAUUGCAUGAUGGCGGUGCCAGCUGUUCUCAUUAUAUCAUUGAAAAGAGGGAAACCAGCAGACUGUCAUGGACUGUAGUUGAACCCAAAAUCCAAGCUAUCAGCUACAAAGUGACUAAACUCUUGCCUGGCAAUGAGUACAUCUUCAGAGUUACGGCAGUGAAUAAGUUUGGCAUUGGUGAACCUCUUGAAUCAGACCCAGUUAUUGCACGUAAUCCUUUCGUGACACCCAGCGCUCCCUCAACACCUGAAGCAAGUGCUAUUACAAGGGACUCAAUGGUCCUUACAUGGGAACGUCCAGAAGAUAAUGGUGGCUCAGACAUUGAUGGCUAUGUCCUGGAGAAAAGAGAUAAAGAGGGAGUUAGAUGGACCAAAUGCAACAAGAAAAGACUUAAUGACAUCAGGUUCAGAUGCACCGGACUCACCGAGGGACAUUCCUUUGAGUUCAGAGUAUCUGCUGAAAAUGCUGCUGGUGUGGGAGUACCAAGUGCACCAACAGAAUACAUAAAAGCCUGUGAUGCCACAUAUCCACCUGGUCCUCCUAACAACCCUAAGGUGACAGACCACUCAAGCACAACUGUGUCCCUCUCAUGGGCAAGACCCAUCUAUGACGGUGGAGCAGCCAUCAAAGGAUAUGUUGUUGAGAUGAGAGAAGAAGGGGGUGAUGAAUGGAUAACCUGUACACCAUCAACUGGUGUCCAAGCAACACACUUCACAGUGAAAAAACUGAGGGAAAAUGCAGAAUACUAUUUCCGCAUCUGUGCAAUUAACAUUGAAGGAGUUGGUGAGCAUGCUGAUGUUCAAGGGUCUGUAGUUGCAUCUGAAAGAAUUGAGGCCCCUGAGAUUGAACUUGAUUCAGACCUUAGGAAAAUGGUCCAAGUACGAGCAAGUGCAACACUGCGUUUGUUUGUCACAAUCAAAGGAAGACCUGAACCUGAAGUAAAGUGGUCCAAGAUGGACGGCCCUCUUACUGAGCGUGCCCAAAUUGAGGUCACAAGCUCCUACACAAUGCUUGUCAUCGACAAUGUCAACAGAUUUGACACUGGCAAGUAUGUGUUGACUCUUGAGAACCUUAGCGGUCAAAAAUCGGCAUUCAUUAAUGUCAGAGUGUUGGACUCACCAAGUGCCCCUGAGAACUUUGAAGUCAAGGACAUUAAGAGAGAUUCUGUAUCACUAUCCUGGGAGCCUCCUAUGAUUGACGGUGGAGCUAAAGUCACACAUUACAUUGUGGAAAAGAGAGAUACUACAAGACUGGCAUUUACAAGUGUUUCAAAUAACUGUGUAAGAAAUUCCAUGAAGAUUGAUGACCUUACCGAGGGUGGAAUUUACUAUUUCCGCGUCAAAGCUGUCAAUGAGCUUGGUGUGGGUUUGCCAGCAGAAACAACAGAACCAAUCAAGGUAUCCCAAGCCCCCUUGCCUCCAGGCAAAGUUACAGUUGUAGAUGUUUCUCGUGACAGUGUGUGUCUCGCAUGGGAAAAGCCUGAUCAUGAUGGUGGUAGUAAAAUCACAAGCUACACAGUAGAAAUGCAAACCAAGAGUGAUGAGAAAUGGACUAUAUGCACUGAGAUUAAAGCAUUGGAAGCAACUAUUGGUGGACUCACAACUGGAGAGGAAUAUGCAUUUAGGAUUACUGCUGUCAAUGAUAAAGGCAAGAGUGAACCUAAGCCACUGGCAGAUCCUGUCAUAGUAAAGGACAUUACAAUCAAACCUAUCAUCGAUCUGAUGUUCAACACAUACAGUGUCAAGGCAGGAGACGAUCUAAAGAUUGAUGUUCCAUUCAGAAGCAGACCUGAACCUCAGGUUGCAUGGAAAAAAGAUGGAGCUGUAUUAAAGCAGACAACCAGGGUGAAUGUUCUAGCAGCUAAGAAUUCAUCGAAAAUUACAAUCAAAGAUGCAACCAGGGAGGAUUUCGGGAAGUAUGAGAUCACUUUAACCAAUGCAGUUGGCAAGAAAUCAGCCACAAUAUCUGUUAUCAUCUUGGAUAAACCUGGCACACCAAGUGCAAUCAAAGUAGAUGAAGUAAGUGCUGACAAUAUUUCACUGUCUUGGGACGCUCCACUCUAUGAUGGAGGAUGUCAAAUCAACAACUAUGUUGUGGAGAAGAGAGAUACCACCACUACAACAUGGCAGAUUGUUUCAGCCACAGUUGCCAGGACAUCAAUUAAAGUUCCCCGCUUGACACAAGGCACUGAAUAUCAGUUCCGUAUUGCAGCUGAAAACCGCUACGGCAAGAGCCAUGCCGUGGACUCUGCGCCGAUUGUUGCACAGUACCCCUUUGAGACACCUGGCCUUCCCACUUCCCUCCAUGUUGCCCAUGCUACAAAGUCUGGCAUAUUGGUUGCAUGGGGUAAACCAGCCAGUGACGGUGGAAGUCCAGUCAUCGGUUAUCACCUGGAAAUGAAAGAGCAUAGCAGUAUUCUCUGGACAAAGAUCAACAGAGGUCUCAUUGCUGAAACAGAAUUCAAAGUGAUUGGCAUUGAGGAAGGCUUGCUGUAUGAGUUCCGUGUUUAUGCUCAGAAUGUUGCUGGAAUUGGACCUUGCACCAAAGCAUCUGAGCCUGUAGCUGCAAGAGAUCCUUGUGAUCCACCUGUUAACCUUGAGGUCAUUGACAUCACAAGAACUUCAGUUUCCAUUACUUGGCAGGCGCCAGAAAAUGACGGUGGAGCCAAGCUGACUGGCUACAUUGUUGAACACAGGGAGCUUCCAGAUGGGCGUUGGCUGAAAUGCAAUUUUGCCAAUCUCCAGGACACAUACUUUGACAUUACAGGCCUUACGGAGGACGUACAAUAUGACUUCCAUGUUAUUGCAAAGAAUGCAGCUGGAUUACUCAGUGAGCCAUCACUGGGCACAGGUGCCAUCACAGUCAAGGAUGAGGUGGAUUCACCUCGCAUUGAGUUGGAAGACAGGUUUAGGCAAUUAGUAGUUGUCAAAGCUGGAGAUAUUUUGAGAAUUGAUGCAGAUAUUUCUGGGCGCCCACGUCCAGUCAUUGCAUGGACAAAGGAUGGUAAAGAAAUUGAUGCCAAGGCAAGAGUGGAGAUUACUUCAACACACAGCACCACCACAUUGAUAGUCAGAGACACUAUUAGAAGGGACACUGGCCAGUACAUUGUAACUCUACAGAACGUUGCUGGUACAAGGUCAUUGGCUGUAAAUUGUAAGGUCCUUGACCGUCCUGGACCAUCCUCUGGACCAUUGGCUGUCACUGGUCUAACAGCAGAGAAGUGCACUUUGACCUGGGGACCACCUCAAGAAAAUGGUGGUGCAGAAAUCAUGCACUACAUCGUUGAGAAACGUGAAACCAGCCGUCUCGCCUGGACUUUAGUAUAUGGAGAUAUGAAGGCUACAACAUGUAAAGUCACUAAACUGCUUAAAGGAAAUGAAUACAUCUUCAGAGUAAGGGGAGUGAACAAAUAUGGAGACGGUGAAGCCCUGGAGAGUGAGCCCACCAGAGCCAAGAAUGCAUACACUGUCCCUGCAGCACCAACAUAUGUUGAAAUCACCAGUAUCACAAGUGAUGCAAUGACAAUCUGCUGGGAAAGACCUGAAUCCGAUGGAGGAAGCAGCAUUUAUGGCUAUGUUAUUGAGAAACGAGAGAAAAUUGGAUUGCGCUGGGUACGUGUGAACAAAAAGCCUGUGUAUGACCUCAGAGUCAAGGCAUCCAAUCUCCGUGAGGGUGCUGAAUAUGAGUACAGAGUUUAUGCAGAAAAUGCUGCAGGUUUGAGUCUCCCAAGUAUUCCUACCGAAUUAACAAAGGCGGAGGAUCCCCAAUUCCUGCCAUCUCCACCACCUAAACCGAAAGUUAUUGACUCAACUAAGACGACUGUUACUCUUUCAUGGAAUAAGCCAUUGUUCGAUGGUGGUGCUCCUGUGACUGGAUACUGUGUUGAAUAUAGGAGAACAGACGAAUAUGAUGAUGACUGGUGUGUCGGUGUUUCAAACACAAAAAACACUGAAUUCACCGUCGUUGGAUUAACUUCUGGAGCAGAAUAUCUGUUUGUGGUCAAAUCUAUCAACAAGAUUGGUCUCAGUGAGCCAAGCCCCCCUACGGAUCCACAGGUGGCUAAAGAGAGAGAAGAGGAACCAGUAUUUGAUAUCAGCAAUGAAAUGCGAAAGACACUCAUUGUAAAGGACGGUAGUUCAUUCACCCUAACUGUGCCAUUCAGAGGCAAGCCUGUCCCUAAUGUUAUGUGGACCAAGGCUGCUGUUGAUCUGAGAGUGAGGGCCAGUAUUGAUACCACUGACACAUUCACGUCUAUCACAGUGGAACAAGCAACAAGAGAUGACUCCGGAAAAUAUAUUGUGACUCUCCAAAAUAUAGCUGGAAAAGUCGCAUGCACAUUAAAUGUCAGGGUUCUUGACUCUCCUGGGCCACCAUCUCAUGUUGGGGUCAAGGAUGUCACAAAGACAUCUGCAACAGUUACAUGGGAUACCCCAGAUAAUGAAGGUGGCGCUGCGGUAAAGAACUACCUUGUUGAUAUUCGUGAGGCAAGCAAAAAGGGAUGGACCAGACUCACAGAUACCUGCCCUCGUCUGACCUACAAAGUGACAGACCUGGUGGAGGGAGGAGUGUACUACUUCAGAGUCUCUGGUGAAAAUGAAUAUGGAGUUGGCGUAUCAGCUGAGACCAAAGAUGGAGCAAAGAUUACAGAAAAACCCAGUCCUCCGGCAUCACUUGGAGUCAGUGAUAUAACCAAGGAAAGUGUUUCACUUGCAUGGGGCAAGCCUGAGCAAGACGGAGGUAGCAGAAUCACCAGUUACCAAAUUGAUGCUCUUGAGAAGGGUCAGGAUAAAUGGGUGAAAGUUGGUGUCACCAAGUUCACCCACUUGGUGGUCUAUGGCCUGACGCAAAAUGCUGAAUACUUCUUCAGAGUUCGUGCUGAAAACCAUGCUGGAUUCAGUGACGCUAAAGACAUGAUUCUGCCUGUAACAGUUAAAGACCAGCAUGACCCUCCUGAGAUCAACAUGAAGAAGUUCCCUCACAAUACAGUCUACAUCAGAGCAGGAUCAAACCUGAAAUGUGAGAUCCCACUUACUGGUAGACCAAUGCCAAAGGUUUCUCUUUCAAAGGACGAUGUUGCACUGAAGUCAACUACGAGAUUCAACUCUGAAGUAACCCCUGAAUACCUCAUCAUUACUCUCCGUGAGAGCAUUGCUAUUGAUUCAGGAAGGUAUGACAUCUGUGCCUCCAACACAAGUGGAACCACCAAGUCUUUCGUUAACAUUGUGGUCCUGGAUAGACCAAGCGCCCCAGUUGGUCCUAUUGAAAUGACUGAUGUGACAGAGGACAGUGUGAGUCUGAAGUGGUCUCCUCCUCGUUAUGACGGUGGAAGCGUCAUUUCAAAUUACAUAAUCCUCAAACGUGAAACAACCAACGCCAACUGGACUGAGGUCUCCUCGGCUGUCGCAAGAUGCACCAUGAAAAUCAUGAAGCUUACAACAGGACUGGUGUACCAGUUCAGAAUCAGGGCUGAGAAUCGCUACGGCAUCAGUGAGCACAUCGACUCUCCAACCGUCAGAGUGGAUCUGCCCUACACCAUCCCUGUAGCUCCAUCAGCUCCUAUGGUUACAUCUGUAACCAGAGAGAGCAUCACUGUAGCCUGGAAGGAGCCAGCCUCCAACGGAGGAAGCAAUGUUUUUGGAUACCACCUCGAGAUAAAGGAUAGAAACAGCAUCUGUUGGCAGAAGGUUAACAAGACUGUUAUCCGUGCCACACACUACAAGGUGCCAAACAUUGCUGCCGGCCUCAUCUAUGAGUUCAGGAUCGUUGCAGAAAACGCAGCUGGAUGCAGUCCACUCAGCAAGAUCUCAGACGCAGUACUUGCAAUUGAUGCUUGCGAGGCUCCAACCAAUGUCAGGAUCACUGACAUCACAAAGACUUCCAUCAGCAUCGCAUGGCAGAAGCCCAAUUAUGAUGGUGGUAGCAAGAUCACAGGAUACCUGAUUGAGAAGAAAGAGGGCGAGAAAGACCGAUGGACGAAGGCCAACUUGACCAACGUUUCCGAAACACAUUAUACUGUGACAGGACUUACUCAGGAUGAGACCUAUGAAUUCAGAGUCAUGGCAAAGAAUGCAGUUGGAUCAGUUAGCAAUCCAUCCAUCAUUGCAGGCCCUGCAACUUGUGUGGAUACAUAUGGUGCCCCUGAGAUUGAAAUUCCUGAUGAAUAUCGCGAGGUUGUGAAACACAAAGCUGGAACCACUGUCGAGCUUAGAUUUGGAAUCAUUGCCAAACCAGCGCCUACAAUUGAGUGGUACAAGGACGGAAAGGAACUUGACCCCAGGGCCCAGGCUCAGCUGGUACAGAACAACGCUGCUGAUAGUUCAACUCUUAUCAUCAGAGAUACCACACGUCUCAACUCUGGAACAUAUGAGAUGAGAUUGAAGAACUCUUUGGGCUCAGCAUAUGCCUACGUCAGAUUACAAAUUCUGGAUAAACCUGGACCACCACCUGGCGAGAUUCAGCUCAAGAAGGUCACUUCUAACAGUAUCACCAUCAUGUGGGAUCCUCCUGAGGAUGAGGGUGGUGCUAUGGUCACCCACUACAUUGUGGAGAAACGGGAGGCCAGCAGAAUUCAAUGGUCCAUUAUCUCUGAGAAUUGGGCGGAAUGUAUCGUGAAUGUCCCAAGACUGAUCAAAGGCAAUGAGUACAUCUUCCGUGUCCGGGGAGUUAACAAAUAUGGAGUCGGAGACCCACUGGAAUCUGAACCCGUAGAGGCAAAGAAUGCAUUUGUUCCUCCAAGUCAACCUUCCAAGCCUCAAGUCACCAUGAUCACACACUCUUCAAUGACGGUGGUAUGGGAAAGACCUGGAAUUGAUGGCGGAAGUGACAUAAAUGGAUAUUACCUGGAAAAACGAGAGAAGACAAGCUUGCGUUGGUUCAAGGUUAUCAAAGACACCAUUCGUGACACAAGACAGAAAGUCAGCAACCUGCUCACUGGAAAGGACUAUCAGUAUCGUGUAUGUGCCGUUAACAAGGCUGGAGCUGGUCCGUACUCCAAAGAGUCUGACCUCUUCAAAGCUGCUGACGCAGUUGACAUACCAGGUGAACCAACCAAACUCAGAGUAGUCGACUCCACCAAAACAUCCAUCACCCUGGGCUGGGUGGCGCCAGUGUAUGAUGGUGGCAGCGAGAUUACCAGCUACAUUGUUGAGCAGAUGAACUCUGAAGAAAGGGAAUGGGUUGUCAUCAGCCACAAUGGAGAAGUGAGGACAACAGAGUAUGUUGUGAAUCACCUAAAACCAGGAACCUAUUACUUCUUCCGUGUAUCUGCAGUCAACUGUCUGGGACCCAGUCAACCAAUCGAGAUGUACCAGCCUGUUCAAUCCAAGGAUAUUCUUGAGGAAGCCGAUCUCAAUUUGGAUGUUCCCAUGACAACUCAAUACACUGCCAAGGCAGGAAGGGAUAUUGAGGUGUUUAUUCCACUGAAGGGCAGACCUGCACCAAACUGUACAUGGCGAAGACAUGACAAGAACAUGGCCAGCGAUGCAAGAUACACUAUCACCAGCACAGAACGUACAACAGUUCUUGUCAUUCCAAAGGUCACCCGCGACGACUGCGGCAAAUACUACCUGGAGAUUGAGAACGGUGUUGGAGAGUCCAAGUUCAUCACUGUGUCUGUCAAGGUUCUUGACACCCCAUCCACUUGCCAGAAACUGAUCAUCAAGAAUGUCACCAGAGGCAAGUUGACCCUGAGCUGGGAUGCUCCUCUAAUCGAUGGUGGUUCCCCAAUCACCAACUACAUUGUGGAGAAGAAAGACGCUAACAACAGAGCGUAUACAGUCGUGUCAUCAGAAUGCCCCAACACAUCAUACAAGAUCGACGGUCUGUCGGAUGAAAUCGCCUACUUCUUUAGAGUGUCUGCUGAGAAUGAGCAUGGUACUGGUGAUACAUGUGAGACUGCAGAGCCAGUCAGGGCCACUGAGACCCCCGGACCAGUCAAAGAGCUGGUCGUGACAGACGCUACUAAGACAUCAGUGACUCUUCACUGGAACAAGCCCGACCAUGAUGGUGGUAGCUACAUUUCAGACUAUGUCAUUGAGACAAAAACUAAAGAGGAAGAAACCUGGACUGUUGCUACAACAUGCAAACGUUGCACAUGUGAAGUUAAAAACCUGAAGGAAAACUCUGUUGUAGACUUCAGAGUGUUUUCUAAGAAUGAGAAGGGCCUCAGUGACUUCUCUCAGAUUGGGCCCAUAACAGUAAAGGAGUUCAUUAUUCCACCUGAGGCCAACAUGAUAGAUUAUCCAAAUGGCGAACUCUUUGUUCGCGUCGGUCAAAACAUCCAUAUUGAGUUGCCAUUUAAGGGUAAACCAAAACCAUCCGUUGGAUGGAUGAAGGAAAACAUUCCCUUGAAAGAAAGUGAACAGAUUCGCUUCCAUGAAACAGACAACAAAGUGUCUAUAACAGUCAGAAGUGCAAAGAAAGAGAAUGCAGGCCUGUACACAUUGAUUCUGGACAACAAGCUUAUCAAGAACUUCUUUGAUAUCAAUGUGAUCACUCUCGGACCCCCCUCUGUGCCAGUUGGACCGGUCCGAUUUGAUGAGAUCAAAGCACAGGGCAUCAUUAUAUCUUGGGAUGAACCACAGGACAAUGGAGGUGGAGACAUCACUUGCUACAGUGUGGAGAAACGAGAGACGGCCCAGGCUAACUGGAAAAUGGUUUGCUCUAGUGUGGUGAGGACAACGUUCAAGAUACCCAACCUUGUCAAGGGCACAGAGUACCAGUUUAGAGUGCGUGCAGAGAACAAAUAUGGAGUGAGCAAUCCUUUGAAUUCACCAGACGUGAUCGCCCAACACCAGUACAUGCCUCCAGGUGCACCAGGAAAACCAGUCACAUACAACAUUACCAGUGAUGGCAUGACUAUCCAAUGGGAAGCACCCAGCUUUGAUGGUGGCUCACCAAUCACUGGCUACCAUGUUGAAAAGAAGGACAGAAACAGCCUUCUGUGGACCAAGGUCAAUUCCAGCAUAAUAUCUGCCCGUGACUACAGAAUCAUUCAGCUGAUUGAAGGACUGGAGUAUUCCUUCAGAGUCUAUGCAGAGAAUAAUGCUGGCCUGAGUCCUGUCAGUGAACAGAGCAAACAUGCCCUUGCAAUCUCCCCAGUUGAUCCACCUGGUACUCCUAACGUCAUUGAUGUCACACGAGACACCGUCACACUUAAAUGGGAUACACCCAAGAAAGAUGGAGGCUUUAAGAUUGUGGCGUACAGUGUGGAGCGACGCCAAGGCAGAGGCAAAUGGUUGAGAUGCAACUUCACAGACAUUAGUGAUUUGCAAUUCACCAUCACCGGACUUUCUGCUGGUGAUCGCUAUGAAUUCAGAGUGAUUGCCAGAAAUGCUGUCGGCACAGUCAGUCCACCCUCGCAGUCUUCUGGCUAUGUCAUGACUAAAGAUGAAAGUGUUUCUCCCGACAUUGAGUUCAGUGCUGAUACUGCUCUUGUGUACAAGGCUGGUGAAAACAUCAAACUGAACUGCAGUAUCACUGGACGACCAGUGCCUCAGGUCAUAUGGUACAAGAACGGUAAAGAGGUCGACAAGAAGAUGUUGAUUGAUAUUACCACUAACAUCGGCUCCAGCAGCCUUUUCAUCAGAGAUGCUGAUCGCGACCACCGCGGAGUGUACAUGGUGGAAGCCAAGAACAGCUCUGGAACUAAGACAGAGAGUGUCAACAUCAGAGUCUCAGAUACCCCUGGACCACCUGAGGGACCAGUGCGUUUCACUGGUAUCACUACAGAAAAGGCAACUGUCUGGUGGAACCCGCCAGAGAACGAUGGAUGUGCUGCAAUCCUCUAUUAUACGGUGGAGAAGAGAGAAACAUCUAGGAUCUCCUGGGCAAUGGUGACAAGCAAGUGUGAAGCUUGUUCAUUCAACGCCACCAAGCUGAUCAAGGGAAACGAGUACCAGUUCCGUAUCUCUGCUGUCAACAAGUUUGGAGUUGGACGUCCACUUGACUCUGAUUCAUUCAUUGCACAGAUGCAAUUCACCGUUCCAGAAGCCCCAGGAACACCAGACGCCACAAAUGUGACUGGAGACACCAUCACAAUAGGCUGGACAAGACCCAGAUCAGAUGGUGGAAAUGAGAUCAAGCACUACAUCCUGGAGAGACGUGAGAAGAAGAGCUUGCAAUGGGUGAAGGUUUCAUCCAAAAGACCAAUCACUGAGCUCAGACACAGAGUGACACACCUGACCGAAGGUAAUGAAUAUGAAUUCCGUGUCAUGGCUGAAAAUGGUGCCGGAAUCGGACCAGCAAGCAGCACAUCAAGACUCUUCAAGUGCAAAGAGCCAACAAGCGCACCAAGUGCUCCUUCACUGGUGAAGGUUACCGACUCCACAAAGUCAUCUGUCACCCUGGAAUGGAUCAAGCCUGUGUUCGACGGUGGAAUGGAGAUAAUUGGCUAUAUCAUUGAGAUGUGCAAGGCAAGCCUUAAUGAAUGGCACCAAGUCAAUAGAACAACUUGCAUCAACACCACAUACACCGCUAAAGGUUUAAUGGCUGGUGAGGAAUAUAGGUUCCGUGUGCGUGCAGUGAAUGGGUCUGGAAAAGGAGAAGCAUGUGCAGUUCCUAAUCCAGUGGAAGCUGUUGAUAGACUGACGUCACCAGAAAUCACCCUUGAUGCAGACUUCAAACAGACACACGUCGUGAAGAACGGUGCCACCGUCACUCUUCAUAUUGCCUUCUGUGGUAAACCAGCUCCGCUGGCUACAUGGACCAAGGCAAGUGGAGAACUUGGUGUUAUGACAGAUGUCAACACAACUGACACAUACAGUACCUUGACCAUUGAGAGCUGUACCAGAUAUGACUCUGGGAAAUAUACCUUAUCUCUUGAGAACAACGGUGGCCGCAAAUCAAUCACAUUUACCGUAAAGGUGCUUGAUACACCUGGACCUCCAGGAGCUAUCAGCUUCAAGGAUGUGACCAGAGGAGCUCUGACAAUGCUGUGGGACGCUCCAGCCAACGACGGUGGAGCCCGCAUUCAGCACUACAUCGUAGAAAAGCGUGAGGCUAGUCGUCUCAGCUGGAAGUCAGUCAGCGAAAAAUCCUCACGUCAAAUGAUCAGAAUGACCAACCUAGGCAUAGGUGUGCCUUACCUGUUCAGAGUCAUCGCUGAAAAUAUGUAUGGCAGGGGAGAACCCUGUGAGAUGACUGAACCAAUUACUGCAACUGAGGUGCCUGCUCCACCCAAGAGUCUUGACGUCAUUGACACUACUAAUUCCACUGCUAUCUUGGCCUGGCUGAAACCUGAACACGACGGUGGCAGCCGCAUCACAGGUUACAUUGCUGAAGCCAAAGCAAAGGACUCUGAUCACUGGGUUGUUGGCGGUCAAACCAAACUUCUGAAGUUAGUCAUUGAGGGCUUGAUUGAGAACACAGAAUAUGACUUCCGCGUCAAGGCUAUCAAUGAGGCUGGUAUCAGUGUCCCAAGAGAUGCCUUAGCAUCCGUUGUCAUCAAGGAGCCUAAGAUUGAGCCCACAGCAGAUCUCAGUGGCAUAACCAACCAGCUCAUCACAUGCAAGACUCACGAUGCAUUCACCAUUGAUAUCCCCAUCAGUGGCAGACCAGCUCCAAAGGCCACCUGGAAACUGGAGGAGAUGAAGCUAAAAGAGACUGAUAGAGUGAUCAUCAAGACUACCACAGAAAAGACCACCCUGGUGGUAAAGGACAGCAAGAGAGCAGACAGUGGAAAAUACUACCUCACUCUGGACAAUGCCGCCGGAGCAAAGACAUUUGCUGUUACUGUCAACGUUGUUGGAAGACCCACUCCACCAGUAGGACCAAUUGGAAUCUCUGCAGUGUCAUCAGACGGCUGUUCAUUGGCUUGGACAGCACCAGAGGAUGACGGUGGAACGGAUAUAGACAACUACAUCAUUGAGAAACGUGAAUCUGGAUCUACAUCCUGGCAAGUGGUGAACUCAAGUUGUAAACGCACCACGAUCAAAGUCAGCCAUCUGACCAAAUACAUGGAGUACACCUUCCGUGUCUCUGCUGAGAGCAAGUAUGGCGUGAGCAAGUCCAUCGAGUCCUCAGCUGUUGUCAUUGAGCAUCCAUUCGUUCCACCAAGUCCACCAACCCGCCCAGAUGUGGUGACAGUAUCUGCUACUGCUAUUGGGAUCAAGUGGGAUCUGCCAUAUGCUGAUGGCGGCAGCAAGGUGACUGGAUACUGGAUAGAGAAGAAGGAGAGAAACACCAUUCUUUGGGUCAGGGAGAACAAGCUCCCAUGCCUGGAUACCCAAUUCAAAGUCUCCAGUCUCAUUGAGGGCCUGGAGUACCAGUUCAGAGUUUAUGCAAUGAAUAUUUCUGGUCUCAGCAAAGCCAGUGAGGCCUCAAGACCAGUAGUGGCUUUGAACCCAGUCGAUCCUCCUGGUAAACCAGAGGUGACUGAUGUCACAAGGUCCUCAGUUACUAUUGCAUGGGGUAUACCAUUCAAUGAUGGUGGCAGCAAGAUUGUCGGAUACGUCGUGGAGCGCAAGCCAUGGAGUGAUGAUGAGUGGGAUGAUGCCCACUGGUUGAAGUGUAACUACACCACCAUCACAGAGACUCACUUCACAGUCAGAGGACUGGGUGAAGCAGAAAUCUUUGAAUUCCGUGUCAUUGCCAGAAAUGGAGCCGGAGUUCACAGUGCACCAUCUGAAACAACAGGACCGAUCACCUGCAAGGAUGAAUACACUCCUCCCAAAGCUGAACUUGACAGCUCUCUUGUUGGAGAGCACAUCACUGUCCGGGCUGGGUCAGACCUGGUCCUUGAUGGUGUAGUUGGUGGUAAACCCGAACCCAUAGUAUGGUGGGCCAAGGGUGACAAGGUGCUGGAGCUGGGAGAGAAAUACUCCUUGACAUACACCAGUUCAAGAGCCAUGGCCAUCAUCAAGUCAUGCAACAGAAAUGACACUGGAAGAUAUGUUCUGACCGCGAAGAACGCCAGUGGAACCAAGACAGUGGCUGUCAAUGUUAAAGUACUCGAUACACCAGGGCCUCCUGAGGACAAGAUCACAAUCACCAGGGUGACAGAGGAGAAGUGCACUGUGUCUUGGAAGAUCCCUCUGGAGGACGGUGGAGAUCUGGUCACUCAUUACAUUGUUGAUAGGCGUGAGACCAGCAGACUCAACUGGGUGAUCAUGGAGACUGAGUGCAAGACUCUGUCUUGUGUCAGCUCCAAACUGAUCAAGAACAACGAGUAUGUCUUCCGUGUCAGAGGAGUCAACAAGUUCGGACCUGGUGUGCCCUUGGAGUCCGAGCCUGUCAUCGCCAGAAACGCAUACACUAUCCCAUCACAACCUGGAGCACCAGAGGUCACGGCUGUAGGAAAAGAGCACGUCAUCAUUGAAUGGAUGAAACCUGAGAGUGAUGGUGGAAGUGAGAUCAAGAAUUACCUGGUGGACAAACGUGAAAAGAGCAGCUCCAGAUGGACCAGGGUCAAUAAGACCUUUACCAUCUACGACAUCCGCCUGAAGAUCUCUGGUCUGCUGGAAGGCAGUGAUUACCAGUUCCGUGUUACAGCCGUGAACACAGCUGGAAACAGCCAGCCCAGUGAAGCCUCUCAGUAUGCCUACUGUAGAGAGCCAACAUACACUCCAGCCCCUCCUUCAAUUCCACGUGUGAUAGAUUCCACCAAGCAUAGCAUUAGCUUGCAAUGGACCAGACCAAUGUAUGAUGGUGGUGCUGAUGUUGUUGGCUACGUGGUGGAGGUGCUUGAGGAAGGAACCGAGCAGUGGUACAGGGCCACUCAGAAGACUCUGAAGACCAAUUUGUUUGUUGCCGCUGGACUUCAAAGCAACAAGAAGUACAGCUUCCGCGUCGCAGGAGUCAAUAGUAAUGGCACUGGGGAAUUCAGCGAACCAAGUGUGGAAAUUGAGCCGGUUGAGAAACUUUCAAUCCCUGAUCUUGAUCUUCCUGAUGAUCUGAAGAAGACUGUGUGUCUGAGAGCUGGUAACACUCUGAGGCUGUUUGUCAAUGUGACUGGAAGACCUGCACCAGUAUUGACCUGGAGGAAACCUGGCAUUGACCUGCAGAGCCGUGGGUUCAUUGAUACAACUGACAGUUACACUCAACUGAUUGUUGAGAAGGUCCAUCGUUACGAUUCUGGCAAAUACACCAUUGAGGCUGAAAAUCCAUCUGGCAAGAAAUCAGCAACCAUUCUCGUCAAAGUUUAUGACACUCCUGGACCACCCGGUUCAGUUAGAGUCAAAGACUACACAAAGGAGUCUGUUGUCAUCACAUGGGAUGUACCAAGUAUUGAUGGUGGAGCCCCUGUGAACAACUACAUCAUUGAGAAACGUGAAGCUUCAAUGAAAUCCUACAAGACCGUUACAACAGAAUGCAGGAAGACCUUGUUCAGAAUCUCUGGCCUGGAGGAAUCAGUACACUACUUCUUCAGAGUGUUACCAGAGAACAUAUAUGGUAUUGGAGAACCAUGUGAAAUCCCUGAAUCAGUGUUGAUCUGUGAAGUUCCCAGCCUUCCUCAGGAUCUGCACAUUGUGGAUAUCGGCAAGACCUCAGCAAUCCUGAACUGGGAAAGACCUCUUCACGAUGGUGGAAGCAGACUGACGGGCUACGUCAUUGAAGCUAACAUCGUUGGAUCAGACAGAUGGAGUGCAGUGGCCACCGUUAAACAGUCCAUGUCCCAGCACACCGUCACUGGUCUGACAGAGAAGGAGACGUAUCUCUUCAGAAUCAGAGCUACAAACAGCAGAGGAGUCAGCGAGCCUAGGGAGAUUACAGGACCUGUGGUCAUUCAGGAACAACUACUGGCACCCUAUAUUGAUCUGACCGGCAUUCCACAGAAGAUUGUCCAUGUGCCAGCCGGUAAACCAAUCAACAUCAAUAUUCCUAUAAAAGCCCAACCUGCUCCAGUUUGCAGCUGGUCCUUCAAUGGUACAAAGAUGAAGGAUAGUCUUGACCGGGUUAAGAUUGAGUCUAAUGGAAAAUACACCAAACUGACUGUGCGUGAGACAAGCAUUGAUGACACUGGUAGCUACACUCUUCAAGUGAAGAAUUCAAUAGGAACUGCAACAGAGAUACUCAAAGUUAUCAUUCUUGAUAAACCUGGAAUACCCAUUGGACCAAUCACAGUUGAUGCUGUUGAUGCCACAUCGGUAACGGUCAGCUGGGAGCCACCAGAGAAGGAUGGCGGUGCCAACGUCAGUGGCUAUGUUGUUGAGCAGCGUGACGCUCACCGCCCCGGAUGGCUACCAGUGUCUGAAUCUGUCACAAGACCCACAUUCAAGUUCACCAGAUUGUCUGAGGGAACUGAGUACGUGUUCCGUGUGGCUGCAACCAACCGCUUCGGCAUUGGAGGAUUCUUGCAGUCUGAAGUUGUUGAAUGCAAGAGUCUCAAGACCGUACCCAGUGCACCAAACAGACCUGAUGUACUGGAUGUGACUCAUGAAGGAAUGACCAUCACAUGGCAGUCACCAGAAGAAGAUGGAGGGUCCCAGGUGUCUGGAUACAUAAUUGAGCGCAAAGAGGUCAGAUCUGAAAGGUGGAUGAGCAUCGUUAAGAACCCAGUCACCAUGACCAGAUACAGAUCAUCUGGUCUGUGCGAAGGCAAUGAGUAUGAGUUCCGCGUGAUCGCCCUGAACUCAAGAGGCUCAAGCAAACCCAGUAUGGCAUCUAAAGCAGCUAUCGCCAUGGAUCCCAUUGAGCCUCCUAGCACACCACAGUUCCCCAUGGUUACAGACACCACCAGAACCUCUGUGUCUCUGGCUUGGAGUCCUCCUGAGGAAGAGGGUGGUUCCGUCGUCACUGGUUACCUGAUUGAGAUGCAGAAGGUGGACCAGGUGGAAUGGACCAUGUGCAACACGACACCCAUAAAAAUCUGUGAAUACACUCUGACACACAUGCCUCAGGGAGCUGAGUACAAGUUCCGUGUGAUGGCCUGCAACGCUGGUGGACCCGGAGAGCCAGUCGAGAUCCCAGGAAUCGUCAAGGUUAUAGAAAUGCUCGACUAUCCUGACUACGAACUGGACCCCAAAUACGAGGAAGGCUAUGUGGUCAGACAAGGAGGAGUCAUCAGGCUGUCUGUGCCAAUCAAGGGUAAACCAGUCCCUAUCUGCAAGUGGACAAAGGAAGGCCGAGAUGUGUCUCACCGAGCUAUGAUCGCCACCAAUGAUGAUAUCACUGAACUUGUGAUUAAAGAAGCUCACAGAGACGACACCGGAACAUAUGACCUGGUGCUAGAGAAUAAAUGUGGCAGAAAGGCUGUCUACAUCAAUGUUAAAGUGAUUGGACGUCCAGACGCACCGGAAGGUCCCCUUGAGUUUGAUGAUAUCCAGGCUCGCUCCGUACGAGUCAGCUGGAGACCUCCCUCUCAAGACGGUGGCUCUGAUAUCCUGGGUUACAUCGUUGAACGGCGUGAGGUAUCAAAGGUAGCAUGGUACACUGUGGACUCAAGAGUGGUGGACACAGCUCUGGUGGUCAAGGGGCUGAAGGAGAAUGUUGAAUACCACUUCAAGAUCACUGCUGAAAACCAAUUUGGUGUGAGCAGAUCUCUCAAAUCAGAUGAAUGUGUCACUCCGAAGACACCCUUGUCUCCUCCAGAACCUCCAAUCAACCCACCAGAAGUUAUGGAUGUCACAAAGAGCACUGUUUCUCUCUCUUGGGGCAGACCAAAGGAUGAUGGUGGCGCCCGCAUUUCAGGAUAUUACGUUGAGAGGAGAGAGGUGUCCACAGAGAAGUGGGUGCGUCACAACAAGACACACAUCACCACUACAAUGUACAGUCUCACUGGACUCAUCCCUGAUGCUGAAUACCUGUUCCGUGUCGUGGCACAAAACGACAUUGGUCAGAGUGAACCUGGACCAGUAUCUGAAAAUGUUAUAUGCAAAGAUCCAUUUGACAAACCCGGUCAACCAGGUGAGAUUGAUAUCAUCUCCGUUGCCAAAGACUUUAUCACUAUUCACUGGCUGCGGCCAGAAUGUGAUGGUGGCAAAGAGAUCCUGGGUUACUGGAUUGAAUUUAGACAGGCAGGAGAAAGUGCCUGGAAGAAAUGCAACAAGGAGCGUUCCAAGGACAGACAGUUCACCAUGGGUGGUCUGAUGGAGGCUACAGAGUACGAGUUCAGAAUCCUUGCAGAAAAUGAAACUGGAAUGAGUAGACCUCGCAGGACUGCCAUGGGCAUCAAGACUAAACUGAGCUUGGGAGAGGCUCCUAGUCUCAAGGAAGACAUGGCAGAUGUCAUUGCAAAACUUGGUGAAUCAGGAACUCUGACAUGCCAGAUUAUUGGACGUCCCCUUCCUGAAAUCAGAUGGUACAGAUAUGGCAAAGAGCUGAUCCAGAGCCGCAAGUACAAGAUGAGUUCUGAUGGUCGCAACCAUUCACUGACAGUAGCCACAGAUGAACAGGAAGAUGAGGGCAUGUACACUUGCAGAGCUGUCAAUGAAGCCGGUGAAACAGAGUCCAGCGGCAAGCUGCGCUUGCAGGCUACACCUGCUUUCCACCCUGGAUUCCCAUUGAAGGAUAAAUAUACUGCAGGGUGUGGAACAAGUCUUCGUCUCCAUGUUGUCUACAUUGGCCGUCCAAUUCCUCAAAUCAUGUGGUUCUAUGCAAAGAAGCCUCUCAACGCUUCUGAAAAUGUGAUCAUUGAAAAUACUGAGAGUUACACUCAUCUGGUUAUAAGGAAUGUACAGCGCAAGACAAACGCUGGAAAAUACAAGGUGCAAUUGACCAACAAAUUUGGAACUGUUGAAACCAUACUCAAGGUUGAAAUUCAAGAUAAACCUACCAAACCCGAGGGGCCUAUUGUUGUUGAUGCUGUGUUGAAGAGUGCAGUGAUCAUCAGCUGGAAACCACCGAAGGAUGACGGUGGAUCAAUGAUCACCAAUUACAUUGUGGAGAAACGAGAAGCAAAGGAAGGCGAGCAGUGGCAACUUGUGUCAUCGUCAGUCUCAGGAAACACUUGCAGGAUUCCAAAUCUGAUUGAAAAUGCUGGAUACUACUUCCGUGUUUCUGCUCAGAACCAAUAUGGAGUCAGUGAGGCACUUGAGGUUCCAAGUGUUCUCAUUAUCAAGAGUCCAUUCGAAAAACCUGGAAUUCCCAUGCAGCCUGUUGUCACAGAAGUGACCAAGGAUUCUUGUCUUGUGUUCUGGAAACCACCAAAAGACGAUGGAGGUGCAAAGAUAAAGAACUAUUUCCUGGAUAAACGAGAGAAGAAACAGAACAAAUGGAUCGCUUGUACAUCCAAUGAAAUCCACGAGACACAUUUCUCUGUAAAAGGCCUUCUUGAGGGCUUUGAGUAUGAGUUCCGUGUGAAAUGUGAAAACAUGGGUGGUGAGAGUGGUUGGAGUGAGGUGUCAGAGGCCAUCAUUCCCAAAUCAGGUCUCACAAUGAAACCUCCUGUCUUCAGAGAAGAAAUGAGACCAGACAUGAUUGUGAAGUUUAAGUCCAAUGCUACAUUUGUCACCAAAAUUGUUGGACAUCCCAUCCCUGCCGUGAAAUGGUACAAGAAUGGCAAAGAAAUUGUUUCAGAUGGAAUCAAAAUCAAAUUGCAAGAAUUCAAGGGAGGCUAUUACCAACUUAUUAUUGCUAAUGCUGAGGACAGUGACACAGGUGUCUAUCAAGUCAGGGCAACAAACCAAGGAGGAUCUAUCUCUACAACAGUGAAUCUGACUGUUGAAGUUCCUGCCAAGAUCCACCUACCUCUAGAACUGCAAGGCAUGGGGGCAGUCCAUGCUGUCAAGGGUGAAGUGGUUACCGUUAAGAUUCCAAUCAGUGGCAAGCCCGACCCUCAAAUCCAAUGGCAGAAGGGACCAGAGAUCAUGGGAUCAUCUGCCCACACUCAAGUGAUUGUCACAAGGUCAUUUACUUCACUCGUCUUUCCUAAAGGAGUUCAGAAGAAGGAUACAGGUUACUAUGUAAUCACUGCCAAGAACCGAUUCGGAGCUGACAAACAGACCAUUGAAGUUGCCGUGGCAGAUGUACCAGAUCCUCCUAAGGGCAUUAAAGUCAGUGAAAUCACUAGAGAUUCCAUCACUCUAACCUGGAGUCCUCCUGAAAAAGAUGGCGGAAGCCCUAUCGUCAACUACAUUAUCCAGAAGUGCCCCACAUCGGGUGACAGGUGGAUCCGCGCUGGUAAAACCAACGAGCCUAAAUACACCAUGAUCGCUCUGUUUGGCAAGACAAAGUACCAGUUCCGUGUCAUUGCGGAGAACCAGUUUGGUCUAAGCGAUCAUUCUGAACCAACUGAGCCUGUUACAACAAUAGAGGAUAAAUCUGUUAUCAGAAACUACGAUGAAGAAGUUGAUGAAGCUAGAGAAAUCACCAAAGAAGAGGCUCCACAUUCAUCAAAAAUCAAGAUGGUGGCUGCCCAGUACACAAUAUCUGAAGAGCUGGCACGUGCCGGAACAUUUGGCGUUGUUCAUCGCUGUGUUGAAAACAAGUCCAAGAAGACAUUCAUGGCCAAGUUUAUCAAGAUUAAAGGUACUGAUCAGGAGCUGGUUGCUAGGGAAAUUGAGACACUCAAUCUUGCUAAACACAAAAACUUCAUGUACCUACACGAGUCCUUUGACAGUUUGGAAGAAAUGGUCUUGAUCUACGAGUUUAUCUCAGGCGUGGACAUCUUUGAACGACUUGGCACAGGCAACUUUGAGCUCUCAGAACUGGAGAUUGUUAGGUACCUGAGACAGGUGUGCUCAGCUCUGAAGUUCUUGCACAAACUCAACUAUGCUCAUUUUGAAAUCAAACCUGACAACAUUGUCUACACCACAAGAAAGAGCACAAACAUCAAAAUUAUUGAAACGGGCCAGGCUAGAUUACUGACUCCUGGAGAAAAUAUCAGAAUCAAUUUCACUGCACCAGAGUACUGUGCACCUGAAGUCCACUGCCAUGGUCUUGUCAGCACUGCAACUGACAUGUGGUCAGUUGGUGUGCUAACCUAUGUGCUCCUCAGUGGACUUAACCCCUUUGCAGCAGAAUCAACCACAAAAAUGAUUGAAAAUAUCUCAAAUGCAGAAUACAUCUUUGACAGUGAGGCCUUCAAAGAGACCAGCAUCGAAGGUAUGGACUUCUGUGACAGACUUCUGUGUAAAGACCUGAAGAAACGUAUGACUGCUCAUGAAGCUUUGGAACAUCCUUGGCUUAGGUUGAAGCUGGAACACCUCAGCACAAAGACUAUCAAAACAUUGAGACACAGAAGAUACUACCAGACAUUGGUGAAGAAAGACAGAGAGACAAUCGUCUCAGCAGCGCGUGUUGCUUUUGGUGGUGGAUUCAGGAGUUACAGAGGUUAUGCAGUUGGCAAAGUCAAGAUUGCGUACCCUGUAGAAGGUCUGAGAGCCGGUCCAGUCAUGCAUGGAUCUUCAGAGGAAGGUGGGCAUGUCAGAUUUGUUUGCAACAUUGAAAACUACGACGAAACCACAAAAGCAAUUUGGUACUUUGGCACCCGCCAGUUAACAGCAAGUCACAAAUAUGAAAUCAGCUACUUCAAUGGAGUUGCUAGCAUUUACGUCAAGGAAAUUGAAACAUCUGAUGAUGGUGUCUACAGAUGCAAAGUUGUCAGUCAGGAUGGUGAAGAUAGCACCUAUGGAGAACUCUUCGUUGAAACUGUGAGAUGCUAUCGUGAACACUUUAUUGGACGCUCACUUACAAAGAAGAGAAAGCUUGAUAAGCAAAGACUUAUGCAAAGACCACCAGAGUUCACUCUGCCUCUGUACAACCGCGCUGCUUACAUCGGUGAAGAUGUUCGUUUCGGUGUAACCAUAACAGUGCAUCCAGAGCCAACAGUAACAUGGUUGAAGGCUGGACAGAAAAUCAAACGAGAUGAUAAGAAGUACACUUUCAUUAGUGACAAGGGUCUUUAUCAAUUGAUGAUCCACAAUCUUGAACUUGAUGACGAUGCUGAAUAUACUGUUAUGGCCCACAACAAGUUUGGUGAAGAUAGUUGCACCGCACGUCUGACUGUGACACCUCACCCUGUUAGUGAAGACACCAUGAGGCCAAUGUUCAAACGGCUGUUGGCUAAUGUGGAGUGUGUAGAGGGCCAUAGUGUCCGUUUUGACUUGAGGGUCUCUGGAACACCUGCACCAACCCUGAAGUGGGAGAAGGAUGGCAGGCCAUUGGAAUUCAACCAACAAAUCGCAGUUGUCCAAGAGGAUGUAGACUAUCACGUUCUGCAUGUCAGAGAAUCUCUUAUUGAGGAUUCAGGUCUUUACAAAGUUACCGCAACAAACUGUGUUGGAUCAGUGUGUUGCCAGGCCACACUGAAGGUGGACCGCAUUACAUAUAAAAGAAGAGAAUAUAAGAGUGAGGUGGAACAACAGAAGUAUGUUCAACAACAAAUUGACAAGACACUGAAAAUGGCACAAAGCCUUUCCACCACUGAAGUUACUGGAUUCAACCAAGUGGCUCAAGACGCUUUGAAACACGCUGCAGACAUAUACAAGCCAGGAGUGAGCACCAAACACUGCGAGGGUGAAUUUGAUAUCACAGAAGAAAAACCAUUCGUAAAGAUUGAGGAAAGGAAACUUUGCAUGCCAUAUAAAAUUCCUGAGCCACGUGUCCAUGAUGCAAGUGCUCUGGAUGAAGACCUGUUGAUAAAACACUUUGUACCUUUGUCUGACAUGAAGUGGUACAAGAAACUCAGAGACCAGUACGAAAUGCCUGAGCGGAUGGAGAAGAUUGUACAGAAGAGACAGAAACGCAUUCGUCUCUCCAGGUGGGAGCAAUUCUAUGUUAUGCCCCUUCCUAGAAUCACUGACCAGUAUAGGCCUAGAUGGCGUAUUCCAAAGCUCACACAAGAUGACUUGGAAACAGUAAGACCAGCAAGACGGUCACCUUCUCCUGGAUCAGAGGCAUCCUUCAGAUCAAGAAGACGCUCCCUGGGUGAUAUGAGUGAUGAAGAGCUUCUGCAGCCCAUUGACGAUUACCUCUCAAUUAAGAAAGCUGAGGAGGAAAGGCUCCAACUUGACGAGGAGCUUGAACUUGGCUUCUCUGCCUCCCCACAAAGCAGCCCUGUCCGGUUCGAGUUAUCUGCUCUGCGUCAUGAAGCAAAGAAGCAUGUUGCAAGAAGAGGAGUAUCACAAGUAACCGAGCACAAGGUCAAGAGAACAGAAGUUUCACAGUUCAUGAGGAGGAGAAGAUCACUGUCUCCUACAUACAUUGAGCUGAUGCGCCCUGUUUCUGAGCUGAUAAGAGCUCCUCGCCCAUGUCCUCUAGGGCCAGAGGAGAUUGUGGAAAGGAGAUCACCCACCCCUGAGAGGACACGUCCACACUCUCCCAGCCCCCCAGCUUCAGCUGAGAGAUCCUCCCACUCAUCCUCAAGAUUUGAGAGGUCAGCCAGAUUCGACAUCAUGUCCAGAUACGAGUCAAGAAAGGCUGCACUGAAAUCUGAGCGCAAGUACCAGACAGUGACCCAAACACCCUUCAGCCUCGACCACGCCCCACGUGUGACCGUGAGAAUGCGUUCUCAUCGCGUCCCAUGUGGUCAGAAUACAAAGUUCACUCUGAAUGUCCAAGCAAAGCCUGAGGCUGAGAUCCAGUGGUUCCACAAUGGACAACUGAUUCAACAAAGUGAGAAGUUCCGCUUCACAAACAUGAGUGGAGUGCUAUCUAUACAGAUCUGUGAUUGUCAGGCAGAGGACAGUGGCACGUACCGUGUUGUUUGCUCAAACUCAAAGGGAGAAGCGUCCGACUAUGGUAUCCUUGAUGUUUCUGAAGAUGAAUUCUCCACAUAUACAUCACGUCGUAAAGAUGAGGAGGCUCCACAACCAUUUGUUCCUGAUAUCACAAAGACAGAUCAUUACCACAUAUCAUCCUUCAAGGCUGCUUCCUCCUCAGCAACACACAUGGAGGUGAAGGAAAGUAAAUCAAAGUUAACUGAAAUACGUGAAACAUAUGAAAGAUAUGAUACAUCUGAACGAUUUGUAUCUGCAUCUGAAAAAUAUGCUGCAUCCGCUAAGUAUGCAUCAACUGAAUACUUAACAUCUGCAGCAUCCUUAUCAUCAGCAUCUUCUGGAAAGUUUGAAUUGACUGAAAGAUACUUGUCGGGUGAAAGACAUGCAUCGUCUGAAAGAUACGCAUCAUCAGACACAUAUGCUUCAUCUGAAACAAAAAUUAGGGCUAUGGAGGAGUCAGAAGUUGAGCAAGUGACUGUUCAUAAAGUCAAGUCGACUCUGGCAGCCAGAAUAAUAACUAAACCACAGUCUGUAACAGUUAAUGAGGGAGAGACUGCUCGAUUCACUUGCGACAUUGAUGGCGAACCAGCACCAACUGUUACAUGGAUGCAUGAAGGACAAGUCAUUGUAUCCUCUCAUCAUCGUAUGGUGUCAACCACGCAGUACAAGUCUACCUUUGAAAUUUCCUCUGUCCAAUCUUCUGAUGAAGGAAGCUACACACUGGUGGUUGAGAAUACUGAGGGGAGACAAGAGACUCGGUUUAGCCUGACCAUUUUUAGAGCAAUUGUUGAAGAGGAGUUUGUUGUCUCAGUGAAGACACCAGACCCUGGAUUCAAGUCUCCUGAACGAGUAGCUUCACCUCCCAGUGUUCCCCCAACCCCUACCUCAUCAAUCAAGUCUCCUGAACCAAUCAUGUCACCCGCUAGUGGGAAGUCGCCAACCCCAUCAAUCAAGUCUCCUGAACCAAUUACUUCGCCUCCAAGGGUGAAGUCCCCUCCCCCAGUCAAGUCUCCUGAGCCAGUCAUGUCACCAAAGGGAGUGAAAUCACCUCCCAGGAUCAAGUCUCCUGAACCAGUUGUAUCGCCUCCAAGGGUGAAGUCCCCUCCCCAGGUCAAGUCUCCUGAACCAAUUACUUCGCCUCCAAGGGUGAAGUCCCCUCCCCAAGUCAAGUCUCCUGAGCCAGUCAUGUCACCAAAGGGAGUGAAAUCACCUCCCAGGAUCAAGUCUCCUGAACCAGUUGUCUCACCUCCAAGGAUGAAGUCCCCUCCCCCAGCUAAGUCUCCAGAACCAAAAGGAGUGAGGUCACCUCCCCAAGUCAAGUCUCCUGAACCAAAAGGAGUGAAGUCACCUCCCCAAGUCAAGUCUCCUGAACCAAAAGGAGUGAAGUCACCUCCCCAAGUCAAGUCUCCUGAACCAAAAGGAGUGAAGUCACCUCCCCAAGUCAAGUCUCCUGAACCAAUCACUUCACCUAAGAGAAUCAAAUCUCCACUAACUGUGAAAUCCCCAACUCCUAAAGCUCCAAAGAUUGUCCAACAACUCACAGCCGAAAACUCAAAAGACAAAGUGAGAAUGUCCUGUGUAUCUGAAAGCAGCGUGAGAGAAGUUGUGUGGUACAGGAAUGGAGUGAAACUGACACAGAGCAGUCACUAUGAGUUCCACAUGUCUGUGGAUGGGCAUUGUUCCCUCAUUAUCAAUGACCUCUCUGAGAAGGACCAGGGAGAAUACUCUUGUGAGGUUAUCUCAGAAGGAGGAGUCUCUGCUAAAUCUUCAUUCUCAUUUGUCGGCCAAGUGUUCCAAUCCAUCUACACUAAAGUCACAGCUUAUGUGCAGCAACACAUGGCCAUGAAAGUGAAAACCAAACAAGUAACAAUGAGUCAAAAAGAGGCAUCUAUGGCUAUGGCUUCCCAUACAAGUUCAGAACAGGUCGUUAAGAAAGAAAUCCACGGAGGAGCUCAGAUGAUGAUGAUGGGGGAGAGUGCUGCUCUUAGUAGCAUGCAGGAAAGCUUCUCUUCCCAAUCAGCCCACAUGGCUUCUUCUUCUAUGCACCAGGAGACCUCUUUCAGCAGCUCCAGUAUGUCUAGCAUGGCUGCCAUGGCUGCUGAAAUGCAGAUGGAAACCAUGUCUCUAUCUAGCAUGUCUUCCAUGACAUCUUCCCAUACCAUGAGCUCCAGCAGUAUGACCGAAAUGAUGAGUCACUCUCACCUGGAGGGGUCCUCUAUGAGAUCCAUUGCACAGGGUAUGCUAGGUGCAACAGGUGCACCAAGAAUUGAAGCUCUCCCAGAGGAUAUAACCAUUGAACUUGGGAAGGUUCUCACCGUAGCCUGUGCUUUCUCCGGAGAGCCCACACCUAACAUCGAAUGGUCCCGCAGUGGAAAAACCCUACCUGGUGAGAAGCAUGGCGGUAGGUUCCAUAUCGAGACCUCUGAGGACCUCACUACACUCAUCAUCACCAGUGUGAAAGAGGAGGAUGCUGGAGUGUACACCCUCAAACUGUACAAUGACUUUGGAUCUGACACUGCAACAGUAACUGUAAGCAUUCGAUCAUAAAAUUUUAAAAACAGUCCAAAUAUUUCUAUCCUCCCCUUUCCCAACUUCAAUGCUUUUUAUUUAUUCAUUUAACAAAAAAUAAUCUUACUUGAUAAAGACCUGGAUUUCUGUUAUUGUAAAUAUGAACUAUUUUUAUACCAAACAUGACAUUAAUUUAUGCCAAACUAGACUAAAGUCUAAAGUUGUUAUAAAAUGUGCCAUAUUGGAUAAUUAUGACUUAGGAUUUUUGAUCCAUUUUUCUGUGACAUGUACAUAAUGUAUAUAGCCGAAUUUAACGGUUAUGGAAAAUGUAUGAAUUGUUAUUUAUGACAAUAUUAACUGAAACAAAAGGAACUAAAUGUUUAACAGGAGAAAGUUUCACAUGAAACGAAUACCCUGAAAAACCUGAAACUAAACUCCGUGCCUCAACAAAAAGUUGAAGUCUUAAGAUUUCCUCAACAGGUAGAGAGGUUCCCUGUUGAAGUUUAUACUAAAUCAGAGAGACGAGAUGUUAGACACUGUAUGUUAUUACCUGCAGUGUUAUUAUCAUACUCCUAUGAAUUGUAACAUGAUCAUAAGACCCUGAGUGCUGUUUGCAUAAACCCUCAUGUAAGUAGCACAACUAGGUCUUGUGUUCAGACUGACUAUGUCAUAACCACCAUUUUAAUGACAUGCUCAAGGUGCGAGCGGCCUGCACUUGAGCUGAAAUGUUUUUUUGGGUGCUCUGUUUCUGGCAAAUGACUGCUUGAUUGAUUUUCUGAACAACAUCAACCUGGCCAUUAAAAAUUGAAAGUCCAUCAGGCACUUUUUUUGCAGAAUCAGAGCCAUCUCUUGGAGGUUUGCUUGAGUGCGUUACUUUUGUGUGUUAGCUUUAGAAUUUCACCUUGUCAGGUGUUAGGGCAAACAUCAAGCAAGUGUACCACAGCGACAAUACCUGCUGUGUUAAAAUUAAAAGAAAACCAAAUGUAUUAACUGUUCUGCCCUGCACUUUCGUUUGAUUUAAAUUAGAAUUGUAGAAUGAAAUGCAACCUCCCUUUGAUUUAAUAAAGCAUGAUAUCAGCACUAAAA